CGCGUAUGGGCAGCCCCUCGGGAUAGCCCGGGGCGGGGCCGAAGCUGCGGGAAGGCGCGUGGAAGCUGGAGGUGCGAGAAGGGAGGGGGAAGAAUCGAGGGCGGGGCGAAGCAACCCGCAAAGAGAGAGAAGCGAAGCGCGAGAGUCGCUUCACGCCUGGCUUGGCGGCGCUUGCUUCGCCGAGGCCGGGAGAGCGCGGCGGGACGCCGAGGCGCGGAGACGCGAGGGGCUCCUCAGGGCUUGGUCCCCUUGAAGUGAGGUACUUCAGAGACUCUCGCGGGAAGGGAAUGCGUGGCGCGCGCGGGGAAGCGAAGGUGUCCAGGGAAGUGGGGCGCGUCUCGUCAGGCACCUGUGGCGACGUUCUCUGCGGGAAAGGGCGUCUUUUCCUCUCAGCCUUUUUCUAUGGUGGUCCUUCAGCUUCCACCCAGGAACUUCCGAGCCCUAAAAAAAAGUCUCUUGGAUAAAAUCCCACCGUGAUACUCCCCCGCCUCCCCCCCCCCCGCCCCCGGCGGAGCAGGGACGGGAGAUAAAGCAACAUAACCGUCAGACAUUCGCCUAAGCAUCCAGUACAGCUGGACGCGCACUGGGAUCUUUGCUGGCUCUCCGGGGUUUGUUUUCCUGUCAGGCAAAGGAUGAAGUAGGCUGUUGCCUGUGGGCGCUUGGAUAAAAAGGUGGCGGGGGGGGGGGCAUGUCAGGCAGUUUCUCGGUCCGUCAGCAAUAGGCAGUAGCUGUCCCAUACGGGGAUCAAACCUGCAACCUUGCGUUAUCAGCGCCACACUCUAGCCAGCUGAGCUAUCUGGAGGUACAUAAUUCACCUUGCGGGAGCUAAGCCGGUCUGGACCUGGUUAGUGACUUGUUGGGUGACUGGCUGGGAUCUACAUUGAUGCCACAUCAUGUUCCAUGGCAGAAGAGAGGCAGGAUAUAUAUGCAGGACAAUAAAUAUCACUAGGAAGCUUGGUAUGUAUGCUUACAAAGUACCGUAACUCUUGCACUGCAAAUUGAUAUCUGAAGGGAGGCAUCUCAAAUAUUUUUGCUUUACUAACCUGCAUAGAUAUUCAGCUUUCUCCAGUGCUAGGGUGGGGCUGGCAAAGCACAAUCUGAGCUCUGCUUCAGGCAGCAAAAACAAUUUUGGCCCACCUAGAUCCGGGAGGCACAAUUUCCACUGACUUUCCAGGUAGAGACUUGAAACAUAUCAGGCAUACUGAGCUAAUGCACAUGACAUUGUAGGCCGACACGGCUCCAAUCAGUCCCAGAUGGAAUGGCCAAUGGUCAGGGGUGAUGGGGAGUUGUUGUCCAGCAACAUCAAGAGAGCACCAUGUUGGCUACCCCUGAUGUAAGAUAUACACGCACUAGGCCAAUCCUACCAAGGCAAGCAAAAAUAAUAAUGGCAUAGAGUGUGAUCGCCUAGUAUUGCCUAUUUGAACUGGAAGCAGCUCUUAACUGGGUCUCAGGCUGGGGCUGAGCUGCUACUUGAAAUUCCGAAAGCUGCAUUGACCCUGGAUAGCUAUUGAGUUGAGCGUGGUUGCAGUUGGUUGAGCGUGGUGCAGAUAUUGCCAAGCUUGCAGAGACUCUGGGGACAGCUGCAUAUUCCUGCAUUGCAAGGGGUUAGACUAGAUGAUCCUCAGGAUCCCUUCCAGCAUCUAUGAAAAUGCCAGUGGUUAAACCUGGAACCUCCCAUUAGCAAUUCCUGUCUAGCAGCAGCAAUCCACGCACAUAGCACAGUCCAAAACUGUAGUGCAAGCGUUACCACACCCAUUAUAGCAUCUGUUCCUUUCCUUUGUGCACCAUCACUAGAAAGUUGGCCUUGGAGCAUGAGCAGUCUGUUCCAUCAACCCCAUUUUCACCCCAUGAACCAAAUGGGUAACUUGAAGGGCUGGUGUUCUGGGCUGCAUCAUCUGUGGGGAUUGAUCCCUGCAUACUCCUGCUUUGAGAAGGGGGUUGGACUAGAUGAUCCUCAGGGUCCCUUCCAGCGCUUAUGAUUCCGCGUGCAAAUAUUGCAGUCUUUCCUAAUCUUUUUGAAAAUGGCUGUGGACGACGCUUGUGUGUGAGGCACAGAAGUGUGUCCUGAAUAAAUUUAUGUCAGCUUUUCUUCUGAUAUCUCAGUCGUCAAGGGAGAUACUUUACAAGUAAGCAAAGUAUGUUGAAUAGAGAAGUUAAACCAAUAGCCUCACUUUGAAGCAAUUUAUGUAUAAGUACAUGCUACAUUAAAAGUGACACGGGUGGCGCUGUGGGUUAAACCACAGAGCCUAGGACUUGCCGAUCAGAAGGACAGUGGUUCGAACCCCCACAACGGGGUGAGCUCCCGUUGCUCGGUCCCUGCUCCUGCCAACCUAGCAGUUCGAAAGCACAUCAAAGUGCAAGUAGAUAAAUAGGUACCACUCCGGCAGGAAGGUAAAUGGCGUUUCCAUGCACUGCUCUGGUUCGCCAGAAGUGGCUUAGUCAUGCUGGCCACAUGACCCGGAAGCUGUACGCCGGCUCCCUCGGCCAAUAAAGCGAGAUGAGCGCCACAACCCCAGAGUUGGCCACGACUGGACCUAAUGGUCAGGGGUCCCUUUAACUUUACCUUUACAUGCUACAUUCCUAAUUUUACUGAGUUGGAAUAUGUACAUUGGCAUGAUCAUGUCUAGGAAUUGAAAUACCAAGUCAGUUAUUGGUGGGGUGGGAUGUGCAGUCUAUCUGGUCACUUGGGGACCGAAGUACAUACAGUGUGCUGUGUGAUCACACUGAAUGUUAGUUUUAAGCAGGUGCUAAAGGGGUGGGUGGGUAGGGAGUUCUGAUCAAGAUUAGGCCCAUGGCAUGUGGGGAAUUACCCUUAACUCCUGCAUUGCAGUCCCAAGGAAAACAUCCUCUCUCCCCAGAGCUGCUAUCAGCACAGUGCAUUUAACAUAACAUAUAGCUUGGCAUUUGGCCUUGCAGACAUGACAGCUGCUAGGGAAUAGCGUCCAUUGUGCGUCUAUAUUUUUAGUCUGAAUCCUUAUACAGAACUGCUACUGGUCCUUUUCCCUGGAAAAGAAACAAUGUGAAUUUGUGUGCAUAACCAUCCCUUUGUACACCAUUGUAUCAUAUAACGGGGUGCAUUAUAUCAGUGAGUUUUAUGUACAUUCUUAAAAAAUGUACAGCUCUUCUCUUCAGCGUGCCAUGUAACCUGUUAACUUGCACAGGCUCACAUGAAUAGUCCCUUACGAACAUUAACUUUUCACUGGAAUUUACCAUGGGGCUUAUAGCAGUGGCUGUUCCUUGGCCUUCAGCGCCAAUCGAUUACUGCCUUUGACCACAAUAGCAGAAAGAUUUGGCCUUGACUAACACGGCCAUUGAGUUACCCUGUCAUUUCCCUGCUCACAACAGACUGAGCUGUUGCAGCAGGUGCAGUAAGAUGAUCCUGCUGUCUUGUCUGUAAGGCUUUUUGCAUUAACUGAUCCAGGGAAAGAAGGUGUUACUUCCUGAAAACCAGCCUUGAGUACAAAUUGGGAACGAUGCUUCCAUUUAAGAAUGACAUACUUCCAGUAGUCCCCUCCUCCUCUGUUCUAUUUAAUAUUAAGCUAUACUUGCCUGUGUUUUUCAUGCUUAUAUUGACAAUGCCAGAGUCCUAUGGACAUGUUAUCCCACUGAAAUCUAAUAGGCUUAAAACACAUUUCAAAAGAAGUAUCAAUAACCACGGACAGCAGCAAUGGUAGCAUACUUUCAGCACCAGUGGAUAUAUUUGUAUUGGUUUGCUAAGUGCAUCCACACAGCAUGAUUGUGUAUCUAGGGGAAAGCUGGGGUAGCCCACAGUUCACAGUGGUUAAGUCUCUCCUUGGGAUUUCUGAAGAAAGUGAGCAUGGCAAUGUCUUAUAAGUAGAGUUCCUCUCGAAAAUGGUCUGGAAACUGCCAGAUGGUCCAAAGGGCAGCAUCUCGAAUGGGCCGGCCCCACCUUAUUACAUCAAUAUUUUGUCAUCUGCACUGGCUCCCAGUUUAUCUCCAGGCUCAGUUCAAAGUGCUGGUAAAGCCUUAAAGAAGCUUGAAGCCAGGUUGCCUGAGGGCUUGUCUCCUCCCAUACAUCUAUACUUGCCUAGGGUCUAAUACAAUAUUCAGAGGGUCUUCUCAACUUGCUCUCCUGACACCAGUUGUGGUAUUUGCUGCACUGAGUGAAGAAUUUGUAAAUAUAUUAUUCCAGGGGUCAGCAAACUUUUUCAGCAGGGGGCCAGUCCACUGUCCCUCAGACCUUGGGGGGGGGGACGGACUUUAUUUUGCGGGGGGAUGAAUGUAUUCCUAUGCUCCACAAAUAACCCAGAGAUGCAUUUUAAAUAAAAGCACACAUUCUACUCAUGUAAAAGCAUGCUGAUUCCCGGACCAUCCGCAGGCCGGAUUUAGAAGGCGAUUGGGCUGGAUCCGGCCCCCGGGCCUUAGUUUGCCUACCCAUGUAUUAUUCCUUACUUUUUAUUUUUCACAAACACAAUAACAUUUUAGGUUAUUGUUGGUAUUAUUCUUUUCUUUUUUUCUAAAUUUCAUCUACUUUUAUUGUGUUUUAGCUGUUUUUUGAUGUUUAGGUUCUUUAGGUUCUUUAUAUUUUAUGGUUUAUGGUAGUAUUCCACUAUGUUUUACUCAGAGCAGAGCCAUUGAAAUGAAUGAACAUGAUUAAGUCAAGUCUGUUGAUUUCAGUGAGUAAAAAUUGUGAACCACCAGGAGAACCUUUUGCUAACUGGUAGUAAAGAGAUGAUGCAAGUAAGUAACAUUAAAGAAAUCCUUCCUGAAAGAUGUGUUCACCUCCACGACUAUGUUUCUAGUGCAAUCCAGACAGAUGUUGUGAGUAACAAUGCCCAUCUGCCACUAUUUUCUUUUUGGAAGAAUUAGACUGCUGUGAAUAUGUGAAAGAGUAAGUUGCAGCCGCCCUCCUCUUCCUUCUGUGUAGACUCACUGGGACAUGAUUUUGGGGUGGGGAGCAUAAUAAAUAGAAAUAUAAGAUUAUACACUGUGUGGAGAGGCCUGUCUCAUAAUACCAUAACUCAUCCUCCGGCAGAUGGAACAGACAAGACCAAUAGUGGAAAGGCAGCUACAGCACAUGCUAUAGAGAUAAACAAGGGGCAGAUGAUGCUCAUCAAACCAGGAAAGGUAGCCCAUCUAGAAGAAGGAAAAUUCUGGUCCUAAACCUCCACUGCGUAUACUUAUUUGUGAGGAAGGCUUUGGGAAUAAAAUGAGUACCAAAAACUACCCAGGGAGGGCCCAAACAGAUAUAUUAAAUCUGUGACAGAAUGCAUCUAACUUGUCUCUUUUAUUUUAGCAGUAGAAGCCUUGGGGUCCACAGAGGAGGGUCAGGAAUAUAGCACAUGGGAAUAGGGCUUUAACCUAAGCUUACCAGAUUUUUUUCAAUUAAUCCAGGGACACUUUAAAUAAAAUGAAAUAAUUAAAUAAAUACUAUGUUCAGGACGUUGAUGCUGCAGCGAUGGUGGUGGCGGCAGAGGGGCGGCCACCGCCUUGACCUCAACCGCCACGUUUCCCCUUCCUCUGAGGCGUCUGUCUUCUUUUUCCAUGAGCCUGGGAAACCCCUGAGUUGUUGGUUCUUCGGUGGUGGUGGGGAAGCGGUGCGCGGUGGAUCAGGCAUGGAAGGCGGAGAAGGAGGGCCGAGAGCGGUGGCAGCAGCGAGGCUCGGGCAGCACGAUGCCUCCCUUCCCAUCGGAGCAGCCCCAAUCCCAUUCCUACUUGCGUGUAAGCAGGAGGGGGUGGGGAUCCCUCAGCUGGGAAGGGAGGCUUCCCGUUGCCUAACUGAGAGAUUCCUGCCCCCUCCUGCUUGCACGCAAGCUGUGAUAGGCAGCAUGAAGCCUCCCUUCACAGCUUAGUUGUUGGGGUCAGGGAAGGUGAAGGCAGCCCGGAAGCUGCAUCUUAGAGCCCCUGCACCACCAUCAUAUGGGGACUUCUGAGCAGCUCCUGAAGCCAGCCAGAGCCAGCUGCUCCAGGCUGCUGAGACUGUUUUUCCCGGGGACAUUAGAUGAAAUCCAGGGAUGAAAUUUGUCUGGGGACUUAUUCGCAAAUCCGGGUACUGUCCCUGGGAAACAGGGAUGUCUGGUAACCCUACUUUAACCUUUCCCCUACAUUGCAAUUCCCAAUGAAAAAGAAACCUCCAAAUCUGCUGUGAGGUACCAGUGGAGCUGUGGCACUGUGGUCUCAACCACUGAGCCUCUUGGGCUUGCCAAUCAGAAGGUCAGCGGUUCAAAUCCCCACAACGGGGUGAGUUCCCGUUGCUCUGUCCCCGCUCCUGCCAACCUAGCAUUUCGAAAGCACGCCAGUGCAAGUAAAUAAAUAGGUAUCGUUGCAGCAGAAAGGUAAAUGGCAUUUCUGUGCACUCUGGUUUCCAUCAUGGUGUUCUGUUGCACCAGAAGCAGUUUAGUCCUGCUGGCCACAUGAACAGGAAAGCUGUCUGUGGACAAAUGCUGGUUCCCUUGGCCUGAAAGCGAGAUGAGUGACGCAACCUCAUAGUUGCCUUUGACUGGACUUAACCAUCCAGGGGUCCUUUACCUCUCUUGAAGUUAACAGCAUCUUCUCAAGGAGAGGGUUUAAUGGAAUCAUAGUUUGGGGUAAAAUAUUAACUCCCCCUUGCCACCUACCAUUCCUCUAUUGUUAAAAGCGGGGAAAUAGAUGUGUAAAAUAAAGUCUUAUAUUUAUUAUAUCUCUUUGCUUUGAACUCUAGCUCAUGGCUGAGGGGAGAUUCAAACAGAGAACUUUUUAAUUUGAAGCUCGGGCUCUUAACCCCUAUAUCAAACCAGACAUGUGGCCUUAGCUUGAUCCACAACUCAGUUCCAGAAACAUGCUUGGAUUCUGAUAAAUAUUGGCAAGUUCCACAGAAGAAAUACUGGCUAGUUUCCACGUGCCAAAGGGGCUUUCAGCUUGAGGUUUUCAAGCAGGAGCAUUUGCUGUACGGCUUGAUAAACCUCUUUUGGAACUGAGGUUAGUUUCGAAACCAGUUUGUCACAUGACAGUGGAGACUGCGGUUUAAAAGAAAGUAUGUUAAGAAUCCCACUAAGCAUGCACAAAGCAUAAUUAGAGAAGGUUUUAGACACAGGUCAUUUUGGAAAAAUUAGGAAGCUGCCUUAUGCCAGAUUUUUUUUUUGUCCUGUCUAGGCUAGUAUUUCCUACUCUGGCUGGCAGCAGCACACCACCCAGCAAGCAUCCCACGAUCCUUUUCUUUUUUAGCUAGAGAUGCCAAGGAUUGAACCUGGUACUUUCUGCACGCAAAACAUGCACUCUGCUACUGAACAAUGGUCAUCCCUAUAAAGAUGAUGACCUACUGGGCCAGAUUUAACUAAUGUAUCCUACUAGCAGAAGCAAGGACUUCCGCUAGCACAGCAGGGCUCCCCCUAAUCUCUCCAGCUGUUGCAGAGGAUUGAGAGGACCUCCAAAACAGCAUGUGGGGGGAAGGAGACGAGAUCAUUCAAUCAAGUAAGCUGAAAUGCUUGUGCUGAUGGAACCAUUGCCGCAAAACUGUGUUUAAUUCCUCCCUUUGUAUGAAACCCUUCAUAAUUGCUUACAAAAAUGCAUCCCUUUAACCCUCAUGAGAUUUGUUUCAUGGACAAAUGUUUUGCAAACAUCAAGCAAAUCAUUCUUAUCUAUUUGUGUUUGUUGGUCUUUGAAAAACAAAUUUAUAUUAGCCAGAUAGUGGGAUCAAAAUACCUAGAACAGCUCGACUUCAUACACAGGAAACCUACAAGGAAAACAAGUGAGCAUUUGAGCCAUGAUAAUAGAGAGCGCCAUUGAUCAUUUACAUUGGACUUUGUAUCUGGGAGGAUUUGUUGAUAUUUUCCAACAUACCUCACCUGAAACAUAAUUUUAAAAAUGUGGCAUGUGAAGCUGAGUCAUCUGUAUACUUCUCUUAUCAUCAGAUCAUUUUUUUUAAAAUGAUAUUUAUUAAAGUUUCACAAGAAAAGAAUCACAUUAAUAAAAAAGAGAAAUUUAACAAUAAAAAGAAAAAUACACAAUACAAAAUAAAAAAGGAAAAAAGAAAAAACAGUUAAAAACAAUUCCGUCUUUUCAUCACUUCUUUUAUGUUUACUUGUUUCCCGGACCUCCUCAUACCUCCCUCUUUCGUAUUCCAAUUCAGUUUGUUAGUCCAGCAAUUUCUUUCCCUCCUUUUUAAUCCUAAUCUUUAAUCUUAAUAUAUUAUAACAUUAAAUUAUUACCUAUUAAAAGCCAAUUUUUCCCUCUUAUCAUCAGAUCAAGAACAGCAGAAGAAUGUGGAACACGGUUUUCAGGCCAGUAGGAGCAGCGAGACACAGUCCUGAUUAUUGAAAAUUAAAUUGUGAUGACUUGAACUCAAAUGUCCUGAUAUGAACUGCAUCCACUAUGUGUUCUUUAAAACGGAUUGCAUUUAUUUUCACAGCUGCGUGGUAAGCAUUAUAUGCCAUCUUUAUCAAUUCCCUGAAACAUUUCUGUUUAGAUUUGAAGAUGAGGUAACAGUCGUUUAGGGCAGAGGAAAAUAGUAGAGAGUACUGAUGAGAAGAUUGUUGUAAGUACUCCAGUGGUAAGUACAAGGCAGGAAAGUCCCCUUUCAUGCGCAGAACUUUGCUUGUGGUUCUCUGGAUCCAAGCAUACAGUGUUUCGAAUAGAGAACAAAAGAGGGCAGAAGCAGUAAAUAAAUGCUAUAGAAUGAUAGGAGCAUACAGUAUUCCUACUUGGGGGAUAGAGCAAAAGAUAAGGAAAGACAAGGUUUCACUGUAAGCUUUUGAUUUUGCACAUGCAGCUCAGGUAGAGGAAGUUGUUCACAAUGGAGUUAAUUUGCCCCACCCUUGAGGAGGCAGCAGGGAGGUGGCAUUCCCUCCCCCCAUUCCAACUCUCUUGGGCCAGCUCUGUGCAUGAAUGUUAUCCAAAUCAAAUUAUGGUAUUUAUGAAAUUAUACAGGAGACAGUGAACAUCAUGGAAUAGCCGCCAAAUUUUUACCCUGGGGAUGCUAAAGAGUUUUAAAAGUGCUUAGUUUUUCUCUCUGCUUUUUAGAUUCCUUGGUAUUUUAGUCAAUUGGGGUUGAAUAAAUUAACCUCGGUUUUCUUAUCCACCAGUUGGCUGAUAUUUGUUCUUUCACUCCAACCAGUUAAAGGGGUAAGUUAUUUGAAUCAAAGUUUCCUGCUUCUCUUACUGUUUCCAUCUGUUAACAGAAUACGUUUCCACAGAGAUCUCCCUUCCCAAAUGCUUCUUUUCGUAUUUGGGAGGUUUAUACUAUGGGGUAACCAGCCUCGUAUAACCAGCAUGCAUAAAGGCAUUAAAACCAUAGAGUAAGCUUUCCUGCCAGCCAUAGCUACAUCACUUCACUUCACCUGAGAGGAACUAAUAGGCAAUCAAGUCUUUGUUUGUUUCAGUCUACUAUUUCAAUCUGGUGUGUGAGGAAGUUUGAGCUGGUUGCUCCUGCUCAGCUGCAUGACUUUAAUCAGCCGUUUUUUGUUUCAGACAAGUGGGAAACUUUGGAAGGAGCUUUUAAAGGGGAUAUCUUUGGAAUUCACUUGGAGGGGCACAUUUUUAAGGUUUUACAGCAUAUAUAUAUAUGAAUGUUGGACUAGUCAAAACAAACAAACAAAAAGUAUUAAAUACUUAGAUUCAUUUCAGGACACCAACAAUAGAAUAAUCAUAUAAAAAAAAAUCAGUUAUUGUAGGCAUGGAUGGAUUUGAUGUGCCUGCAAUUCUAUACACACUUACUGGUAAGCUCAGCUAGAUUUAUUUCUAAGUAGACAUUAAUAGGAUUAAUAAGUAGACAUUAAUAGGAUUUUGCUUUAAAGCUAUAAUUGCAAAAUUAAAAAAUGCAUACUUAAGAAUCAGUUAAGAGACUACUCUUGUGUUAGACUGUUUUAAUUUAUGCAUAUCUGUAUUCUGUGCCCAUAGUAUUUCUUUUAACAGUAUGCAUUAUAGAAAACACCUGCUGAUUGGGAGCAUGCAUUACUUUAUAGUUUCAGAUGUUUAAAGAUUCUCAGUUAAUUUAAAAACUGAAGACUGUCAGUACAUUGGCUAUUUCACAGUCUGAUGGCUGAGGAAAACCUUCACAUCUGACAUGGAACCACAGCACAUCUCAGGAGAUCUUGGAAUACCUUCUAGGGCAGGCAUAGGCAAACUCGGCCCUCCAGAUGUUUUGGGACUACAAUUCCCGUCAUCCCUGACCACUGCUCCUGCUAGCUAGGGAUCAUGGGAGUUGUAGUCCCAAAACGUCUGGAGGGCCGAGUUUGCUUAUGCCUUUUCUUGGGCACAUACUUUGUUCAUUCAGGCAGAUAUUGAUUGGUCCAGAUUGGGUUCCCCACCCCUGCAUUUUACCUUUAGAAAGCCAUUUUCCCAGUUGCUAAUUGCAUGAAUGGUGUCACAUCUGUUUUGGUUCUUAGUAAUGGAAGAUUGCUUGCCAUUAUAGACCUUCUUACAGAGGAACCCAUGGUGAACUUAGAACUAACCAGAUGGUUCCAUGGAAUGCAGCUUGAAAGCCACAGAGUGGUAGUUUUCAUUGAGAAUUGUCAGUUAUUUUAUGAGAAACUAUCAUGAAUAGUUGUUAAUCUAUGUUUUGACUAUUCCAGCAUUUUAAUCUUCAGUGCAAGGCAGAAUACUGAAAAAAUAAAUACUUUGCCUAGAAUGAUAAAGAAAUAGUUUUGGUUUUUGGGAGGAAAAAAACCAAUUUUUAAAAAGCAUGAUUUUAACAAGGGAGACAAAGGAAAUACAUUUCCACAUUCCUACGUUAAUUCUGUCUCAAGAUAUAAAACAGGCUGGGAGGGUGAAUGACCAGAGAAUGCAGAUUUUUGUGCAUGCUGAAGGUCAAGAACACAAAAUGUUUUGGAAAUAUUUUAGAUAAGGAAAAAAGUGAGUUAGUUCAUUUUACCAGAGAACUCUGCCUUCUCCUUGAAAAAUGGAAUUUUAAACCUACAGUAUGUUUUAUUAGGGAGAGAAAUAAACUCGCAAAAAAGGUAUGUGACUAGUGUCAUAUCAGGGCUGCAUCCAGUUGUCUCUUUCCACUCUGGGAAGCCUCUUUGAUCCAGCAGAGUUUUCCAUGACAGAAAGGGAAGGUGACUUUCACUGAUUGCCUUCUGUGUCCUCCUUCCCACAAAUCUCUGAUAGGUGGUUGGAGAAUCCUUUGGAGUAGCAUGAAAUAUGACAUUGGGAACUGCAGGAGAAUGAGGGAAUUUGCAGAAAGCGCCUCCAUUGCCCUUCCACUUGUGGAAGCCUUAGUCUACCAUGACCAGGGCAACACACAUAGAUACAACCUGCAUAGUUCAAUCCAGUCCAGGUACCAGUGGACUUGGCCGAAUCUCUGUGUAGUCAGGAGGUCCCUUGCUGCUGUCAACAUAAAUUAAAUUAAAGUUAAAACACAGUAUAUCAUCUACUUUUCAACACUCAGUUAUCCCUGUGGCAUAGUGUUCCAGGUAUAACAGGGGUAUGGAACCCCUUUCUGUUAAACUGACCUUAUUUAUUUACAAAAAUCUUUCUAUACUGCAAUUCCUUUGAAAUUAUCAAAGCAGUUUAUAACAAUUAUACUACAAUAAAAUUCACUCAAAAUUUAAACAGACCACCAGCUGGCUAUUAAUGGCUUUUCCUAAUUGUCUGCAUAAGACUGGCAGUAAAGAAAAGCUUUCAGCAAAUGUUUGAAGGACAAUAUAGAGGUGGGUGCCUGUUGAAUUUCCAUUGGAAGAGCACUCCCGAGGAGUGGACCAAUAGCAUGAAAGGCUCAGUUUCAUGUUGAUGCCAAAUGAAUCACACCAACUUGGUGGACAUCCAGUGAUGCUUCCACAGAUGUUCUCAUACCGUAUUGGCCCCAAAAUAAGCCACACUUUUUUUUCCAAAUUCCGACUGUGAAAGGUUUAAGUGUGGCUCAUAUUCGGAACCAAGCACUGCCGGCUUGGGGAGGUAGUGUCAGGAGGUGGGUGCACAGUGUGCUUAGAUCUGGGCGCCGGGCGCCCCUUUGCCCUCCAUUCGGGACAGUAGUGCCUGGAGCUGGGCCGCACUCACAAAUAAGCCUUGAAUUUUAAAGGUGCAACUUAUUUGCAGGUGCGUCUUAUAUUCAGGCCAAUAUGGUAUAUGUGAUUCAUUUACUAUUUGAACAGGUUACAGAUGCCUUUGGAAAUCCAUUGACUGACAUUAAACCUUGUUUUGUCAAAUGGAAUAUUUUAAUAUUCUUUGUUUGAAACUGGUUCCCCCUGGCCCCGAUAUGCCUUAUUUCUCCCAAAUUAUAUCGAAAUGUUAAAUAAAAUAUAACCAUCCCAACCCAGAUAAGGUUAUAUAUGGUUUGCUCCUAUUGAGCCAAAUGGCAACAAUCCUAUCUCUACUUACCUGAGAUUAUAACCCAAUUGCACACAAAUGGGACUAAUUCCAAGUAAUUUUGUAUCGGAUUAUGCUGCACAUUUAGCUAGAUUGGGGCCAACAGGUUUGAAAAUAAUAAAUUGUUAAACAUGAGAAGACUAACUUCCAUUUCUUUAUAGGGUCAGUAUGCAUAUAUUAGUCGUUGUGGUGGACAGGAUUGCACAGCUUGUCAAUGUUUUCCCGAGAAAGGCUCAAGAGUAAGUGUUAAAUUCACUUUAUUUGUUUACCCCUCUUUCCUCCAUUAACAUGUAUUCUAAAGUAGUUUACAAGUUUAAAAAAUACAAUAACACUUUAAAAGAAAGGGGGGGACCACAGAACUACUGUUUUGAAGCAAUAGUAAAAGCAGUUGGUCUAAAAGUAUACCUUUGAAAUUUCAAAGAGAUGUAAAUAUUUUUAGCUUCAUAUCCAUUUGCGAACCUUGAUGAUUUUUUUCAUCCUGAUAUACAUUUGCAAUUCACCUAACAUCAUGUUUUGAUAUUAAGGAAGAUACUACAGAUAGGCUGGGGGGGGGGGGAAUCUGUGUUUCGAAAAUAAUAUGUAGCCAACAUUUCAAUUUCACUUCAAACUAUUUAGCUUUAAAUUUCUCUGCAUGAUGAUAAUAGAUUUAUUCCCACUGAAUAUUAUAUGUAAGAACAGAGUUUAACACAUUAGUCAAUGAACUUUACACACAGUCCUUUACCCUGUGCCCUCUGUUUAUUUGGGGGAGAAUCAACCAUAUGGCAAUGAGAAAUAGAAAAUGCCAUUUGACCACAGUUGAAUGAGCUGGAAUUUUAAUUGCUGAAAAAUGCAGCCAUUAAAAUGUUAAACCAAGAUCAAAUAAAAUGGAAGCACAUGAGUAAACAGUACUUUGAAACUUGGCUUCCACUUGCUGUUAGGAGAAUGCAUAAAAUCACCAACGUGCAUAACUGCAGUUGUCUUUGAACAAAAGCCAGUUUGGAUUACCUAUUCUCUCUGUUUUAUGAGGGAAUCCAAAAUAUCUUGUUGUAAUAGCACAGGAAAGAUUAUGGAGACUCUUGGCCAUUAUCUUGUAUAUAGUUAGGGCAGCUUAAGUCCCAUUAUAUUCCAAAUACUAAUUUAUUUUAUUUGAAAAAAUGGCAAUUCAAGCUCAAAUGACACAGGGCCAGAUUACCAAAAUUUAGGGAGGAGAUUGGGAGCACCCUUCCACCUACUUCCUGUCCUAGUCACAUGAAUUAUACCCUCUCUUUCCCAAUUGGCCAUUGUUAUUGUUUAUUGUGAUGUUUGAACCAGCAUAACCAUAAUGUUUCAGAUAUUUCAGAAUAAACUGUAACCUAUUCUUGUUUUGAGCCAGCCCUUCCAAUUCUACAGUUCUGUGAUUUCCUUUUUCUUACAAAGAUGGUCACCAAUCUUUAGCAAACUUUUCCGUAAAGCUUGUUCUUGCUUUCCCUUCUCCAAACAUGCAAUUUGUUUCCUUAAAUGCAGAAGCCAAAGAGUAUAAGCAGAUUACCUUAUUAAAAUUGAUCUCAAUUAAUAAGAAUAUUGUUGUUAAUAAUAAACACCACAAGAUGUUCUGCUCUGACCUCUGAAGUUAGAUCCCAUUCACUACUUUAAGCUUCCUUGAUAGAAUUAAGCAGAUCAUAGAAACAAGGUUGCAUUCACGGCAUGACCUAAUUUGGCGUUUCCUAAGAGAUUGUGUCACAUGCUCAGAGCAGAGCCAGUUGUAAGUAUGGCUUCUCUGAUGUUCAUUUCUUCUGUAGCGAAAAUGAAUGACCAACAUUUUAUCCCCAUAAGGUUGUCAUUUGUUUCUGAGUUCUGAAAGUAAAUUGUGGGCAAAAAAUCUACCUAAACAGAAUAUUUCAGUCCAAAUUUUUCAGGGAUCUGUCAUUGCACAUUGUGGCCCAAUAAAUAUGUAAUGGUUUCUCAUUAUGUGCGUGAUCCAUGUGAGUCUAAGGUUCUCAAAUUCCGUCCUUCCCUUUCUCCACACAUAAGGGGAAGAAACUGUGUAACAAGUCACAGUUUGCUGUUUCACCCUGGAAACUGGUUUGAACAAACCAUAAAGUUAACAAACCAAAGCAUCAGACCUUGUUAGCCAAAUCAAAUCUCCCUACUUCAUUCUUCUAAUAAGAAAAAUAGAGAAAAGGUUAUAUUUAUUAUGAAUGGAGUUGAUACUAUUCACUGUUCAGAAACUGGAAAGAGGAAAUUGUCUUCUGCAUGUGGUGCAUCAUUCAAAAGACGGUUCUCCAGAAAGAUAAAAUAUGGCACCUAAUGAGAUUUAGAAAAAUCCAAGAGGAAAGGCCCAUUGAUUGUUGUUACCCAUUGAUAAGGAGCCAUAUUUAGAGGCAGUACACUGAUAUUCAGUUGCUAGGGGACAACAGUUGGGGAGGGCUAUUGUCUACAUAACCUGCUGGUAGACUUCUUGCAGGCAUAUGAUUGGCCACUCUGGAAAACAGAAUACCUGACUGGAUGGACACAUUGGCCUGAUUCAACAGGCUAUCAUCAUCAUCAUCAAUCUUGAUGCCAUCAUACAUAGGAAAAUAAGCAAGCACCCUCCCUUCAGAUGUCAAGGAGAUAAAGAACCACAUAACUUUUAGAAGACAUCUGAAGGCAGCCCUGUAGAUGGGGUGGGGUAUAAAUAAUCAUCAUCAUCAUCAUCAUCAUCAUCUCACUGGUAAGGGGAAUGAGGUCACAAAUGAACAGAAUGUGUGGGAAACUUCAUUCACAUUCUCUCACAGAUGAGGAAAUUAAACUUCUAGAAGAACAAAUUACUCCCCAGGAUAUUUCCUGGGGAGUAAUUUGAUCUCUACCCUAAGAAAUUCUCUACCCUAAGAAAUUCUGUCGUCCAAAUGGCUUCAACGCUCUCUGCUAUAAACAUUACAAAGAUAUUUUGAUCUCCUAUAUGUCCAGAUUUUUCCAUGAUAUCUGAAAAGGGGAUACCUUUUCAAGGACCUGGCUGGAAUCCAAAAUUGUCACAAUACCCAAGCCAUUUAUGGAUCCAUUACAAGUAGAGCCCAAUUUCAUUGACUAAUCAGUAUUAUAAGAUAUUUGCAUUGAUCUUAGCUAAUUGAAUAAACUUACUACCCCCGAUCAAUUUGGCUCUGUCCCUCAGCAUAACAUAGCAGACCACAUAAUAAAGGUAUUAAACCUUAUCACUCUUUCCAAACAAUCAAAGUCGCUGCUUUCAAUAUGGCUCUAGAUAUUUGAAAGGUCUUUGACUGCUUGGAAUGGAAUUUUCUGGUGCUAGUCUUCAAACAAUAUAAAAUCUGGCCCUAACUUCCUUCCACGAUUCAACAAAUAUAUUCUAUAUCCCAAACUAUAGUUAGUCAAUGGCUUAGAUGGUACUCCUUUUAAAAUAUACAGGGGAACAAAUCAGGGGUGUCCCCUCUCCCUUUUUCUCAUUAUCUUUGUUUGAUAGCUAGAGGCUCUAGGGCUAAGAUCUGACCCAGAAGUUGCUGGUAUACUCUUCAGAGAUAAAACAUAUACUCUGAAUGUUUAUGCAGAUGAUAUAAUGGUUACCACAAGAACCUCUUUGCAACAGUAAGAGCUUUGCAAAAGGAAUGGACAUAUUUUGGCAAAUUCUGAGGACUGUAUAAAUUUUCAGAAAUCUGAAACUAUGUGCUUUAACGUUCCCCCUAAAAUCAAAAAAGAACUAGGUACCCUAUAAAAAAAAUCAAACUGUCUUACAAAAUUGAAAUACUUGGGUAUCUUUAUUACUGGAAGCUUAAAUAGAAUGCAUAAGGAUAACUACAAGCCUCUUUGGCAAGGCUUUAACAGAGAGCUGUGCACAUGGAAAUGGAAAAGCUAAGGAAUCUAGAACCUGUGCGGAAGAAAUAUGCAAGGAAACAUGCAGGGGAAAAUUCAGAAGCAUCCAUGAACAUUACCAUUUCAAAGUAGCCAUGUUCUUGUCAUGCCUCUGAGGCCCUGCAUUUCUCAGCAAGGAGCCUAUGAGGUGCAGUCAGAGCCAGGGAGUGUCAAAGGGCUCACAACAAGUUGCCUGCUUCCUUGGCACUGUCCGGGGUACUGAAAGACUUGUUGGCAACCACUCUGAUUUUCUAGGAUUGUGAUCCUGCUAAUAAUCAAUCUCUUCCUGCUUAGCCACACCCUCUGCUCUAGACCUGCAUCUUUCCAACACACUGCUAGCUCUGCUUUUACCAGGACUGGACACAACAUCACACACACGGAAAAAGUUUUAAAUUCUGUUUCUUCAUUUAAUUGGAUGUAGUAGGCUAAAUUAUCUUUCCUUCUUCUUAGUGUAGUGUGAAGUAAUAGUGACACCCACUGGCAAGAAGGAUACUCUGGUGAACUUCAAUCGAGAACAAAUGCAGCUAAGGCAUACAUUUGUGUAACACAUAUAAUGCUUAGCACAACUGUUAACAAUGCAGGACAGUACACUGUCAUACUAUGAAGCUGGACCUUGUGAUAGUAAUCACUGUAAAUUGGAUGCUAGGAGGUACUGCACUUAUUCCAUUACAUCUGGGAAAAUGAAAAAGACUAUUCUCAAGUGUUGGUGCAAAAUAUCCUGCUCAGUAUUUCCAUAUGCUGAAUUACUUUUUUUUUAAAAAAAACAACUUCACUUUCAAUAUUGGCUUAUAGCAUCUCAGUUUUAGUGUGCUUUCAACUGCUCCUCAGGAUUUUAUUUGUCUGUUAUUUGUCUAUUAUUAUUUAUUUGUCCAAGUCCUCAGUAAUGCAAAGAAAUAUUUUAAGAAAAACAACAGCACCUCACUCUUCUUUUUAGGGUUCUAAUGUAUUGUCAAAUUCCUGAGCCACUCUCUAUUGUGUUAAGAACAUGUUGCAGAAUACACUCGCAAUUAAACAUUGAUCUAGAGGGUUCUAAAUCUUCCCCCAGCAUUUGGCUGGUAACAGCUCUGCCCUAAGUGCAUCUAUAGUCAUAUAGGCUGGAUGAAGACUUAUUCAAUAUAUAAAGAAACUCCACCUACACUUCAGCUCAUGCAAGUUCAGGUAUUGCACACAUCUUCCUUCUAAAGCAUGAGAGUUUCUCUGAGAUAAGCCUUAUGGGUUUGGGACUGCACAGUUCCUGGGAGCCUGAAAGGGCAGCCUUUGGGCAAUUAUGCAUAGUUCUGUCUGAAUUGUAAUUAUUUGGCUAGAAAGCAGAUAAACUCUUGAUUUUCCUUCCAUUUACUUAGCUAGUUGACAAAUGGCCUCUCCUCAUCUAACUUGUGCAAAUUUAAACAGGAAAAGGGGGACCCAUGGAAAUUCAACUCAUCUCUUUUUAUUGUAGAGCAGGUCACUAUAGCAACUUCUCACGCUCCUGGUUCAACUCUUGACUACAAACGAGUAGUUCAGAAAGCAAUCCCAUUAAAAGGUAAUUACGCAAAGCAAGUACCCAACUGUCUCGUGUAAGGUAUCAGGAUAGGCAUGCCCUUAAUAAGAUAAGAUGUCUUACCAGAUCCUCAGUAUAUUCUUAUUUAAACUGUCAAAAAAAAAAUUCAAAAUGAUCAUUGGUAUCUUGCUGACCUUAUAAUAAUCCUCUUGACCAAAUACUCCAAAGAGUCUUGGUGUUCCAAUGACUCAUGUUAAUAUGCAAUACUGUUAUGCCUGGCAUCUGCUAAAAAGGCAACUGGCCAGACCCACCAAGUUGUGCUCCAGCCUAGCAUAACCCUUAACCCAUUCUUCCCUCUGCCAGCAAAGAAGAUGGAUUAAAGAUUCUGGAAGUCACCAAGCUGCAGUCAUAUUUGUAAGGUAGUAAACAGGGCCCACCAUAAUGUGGAUCUAGUCCUGAAGAUCUUGAACAAAAAGGAGGCUGUAAUAUUUAAUAUUAAUUGUUGAAAUUUGAGAAACCUCAAUUCCAGUAGAAGAACUUUGCUUCAUAAAAACUAUUGUAGUACAGUGGUACCUCGGGUUACAGACACUUCAGGUUACAGACGCUUCAGGUUACAGACUCGGCUAACCCAGAAAUAGUACCUUGGGUUAAGAACUUUGCUUCAGGAUGAGAACAGAAAUCGUGCUCCGGCAGCGCGGUGGCAGCAGGAGGCCCCAUUAGCUAAAGUGGUACCUCAGGUUAAGAACAGUUUCAGGUUAAGAACGGACAUCCGGAAUGAAUUAAGUUCUUAACCCGAGGUACCACUGUAUGCAUUAUGAAAGGUCUUCAUUUCUGGUUGAAAUACGUCGCAAAACUUCCUAUAUGGGACAACAGAAUCAUAGAGUUUUGUCAUAAUUGCAGUACUAGAAAAUAAGCAGUUGACAUUUAUUUUGCCUACAAUGUUGCUUUUUUUUAAAAAAGUUGUUUUUAAUGUUUUUUAAAAAAUAAAAAUAAGAACCCUCACUUUUAAAUUGAGAUAUUUUGUUUGGUUGAGACUCAACCUCCUACAGUCAGUCAGGUUCGGGAUGUACUAAAAUAACACUGCCUGGCUGUGGCAUUGGGAGAAUUCCUGACCCAGGACAAUUAACAACUUAAUGGAAUUUAUUUGGAUCAGCUAGCAGAUGCCAGGCACAGCAUUCUGUCUGUUUUAACUGAACUAAUUUGUCAUUUCCCCGUUAAGCAUGGCUUCCUUCAUCUGCUUUAUUUUGACAGCUGUCCUGAAACUCAAUGCUGCAGCAGUCGUAUUAGAUGGGCACAGAUAAUGGUUGUUAUGGGCGGUAUCAACUUGGUCUUAACAAAAGCUUCCACUCAUAAUCGGUCUUUUAGCUGAAAGAAAGACUAGCAAUGCCCUGGCUUUGCAUGGUGGGCCAAAGUUGAAUCACUCAGCUGUCAAACUCAUUGUGAAUUCUGGAUUAGUUGGUGUGUUUCUGGUGACAAGCUAAAUUAGGGAUAGCCAACUAGCAGCCUGCAGGAUGAACCUAACUUCUGAAACGCUCCUAAGCCAUAUUAAUAGUGCUGAAGAGCUGUUCGAAACUCCAUUAAAAUUGUAAUUUAGGUCAGUAUGGUAAAAAUGUUUGUCCAUAGGUAAGACACCUUAAAAAAAAUCAUCCACCUUUUGAAAGUUUUUAUUUCCUUAUGAGUGAUCAUCCCUCCUUUAAAAAGAAACACCUUAUAUAAGAACUAGGGACGCGGGUGGCACUGUGGGUUAAACCACAGAGCCUAGGGCUUGCUGAUCAGAAGGUCGGCGGGUUGAAUGCCAACAACGGGGUGAGCUCCCAUUGCUUGGUCCCUGCUCCUGCCAACCUAGCAGUUUGAAAGCACAUCAAAGUGCAAGUAGAUAAAUAGGUACCGCUCUGGCGGGAAGGUAAAUGGCGUUUCCGUGUGUUGCUCUGGUUCGCCAGAAGAGGCUUAGUCAUGCUGGCCACAUAACCUGGAAGCUGUAUACUGGCUCCCUCGGCCAAUAAAGCGAGAUUAGUGCCACAGCCCCAGAGUCAUCCACGCCUGGACCUAAUGGUCAGGGGUACCUUCACCUUUACCUUUAUAUAAGAACUAAGAAAACAGAUCUGAACAAAGGCAAAAUAAUACAGAUUGAACAAAAGCAAAAUGCCUUAGCUGUUAAAGGUCAGGGUGAAGAGGUGUCUAUUUAGCAUAUAGCAGAAGCUAUACAGUGGGGGUGCUGGGCAUUCUUCUGUGUGGAGGGAGUUUCACAAUUUGGCAGCUGCCACUGAGAGAGGCUUCACCUGGGCAACCAUUCCUGCACUUCUCAGGGUGGUGGGACUAUCCUUUGCUAAUCCUAAAACCCAAGAAGUUCUGUAGGGAUAGAGGUGGUAUUUCAGAUAUUUGGGAACCUAAGUCAUUAAACAAAGCAAUAUGAAAACCUUGAAUUGAGCCUGGAAACAAACUGGAACUGGUGCAGCUGUUUUAAAGAAGAGGUUAUAUAAGCUCUAAAUAGAUAUCUAUCCAGUAAUCUGGCUGCUGCAUUUUGGACUUACAGAAGUUUCUGAAACAUUGUCAAGGACAGCCCCAUGUAGAGCACAUUGCAGUAAUGGAAUCGGAACAUUAUAGGAGCACUGAGUACAAUGCCCAAGUCCUCUGUCUAAGAGGGGUUGUAGGUGGCAAACCAGACGGAGCUGGGAAUAGGCACUUCUAGUCACCUAGUCUUUCUGAGUCUUAUCCUUCUUUCCUAUGUGUAAUAUUUCAGAUUUACUUGAGCAGAUAAGUCCUAUGACUGUGAAGCCCUGGCUGCAAGAUGGAGUCAACUUUUAUUACACCACUUAGAAAUUCUGAAAUUAAAGGGGCAUAUAAAUAGCUGAAAUAAAUAUACACAUUGCUAUAUAAUUUUGUCUUCAGGAUUACAGCCCAAAGGAGAGAGCCUUCUGGAAAGUAUUAUAGUUUAUUCAACUCGCACAGGAAUGAUUUUGAUAAUUUCAAGUGAAGUUCCACUUGACUAAAUACGUAGGCUGGUCCUUGCUGUAUACUUCUGUGCAGCAUAACUACUAAGCAGAUUCAUUUGCUCUUGUAUUUUUAAAAAUGACUAAUAUGUUGGCCAUUCCAAAGGUUGCAGUGGUUUUUAUAAAGCAUAGUUAAAUGAUCACUGCUCUAAUUCAUUUAGAUUCUGGAGUUGAGUGGUAUUCAUCUCACAGCAACAUGAAAAUCGGCUGAGGCUUACUGAAGACCACACAGAGAGUUUUAUUGGUCAAUAAGAGAUGUGAACCUCCAUCCCAAGUUUCAGUGCACCUUCAGACCCAGUGCUUUAGCUGAUACACCAAACAUAUAAUAAUUAAUAAUUAUAAUUAAUUAAUAAUUUAUUUAUUAUUUAUACCCCACCCAUCUGGCUGGGUUUCCCCAGCCACCCUGGGCAGCUCCCAACAGAAUAUUAAAAACACGAUAAGAACUUCCCUAAACAGGGUUGCCUUCAGAUGUCUUCUAAAAGUUGAGUAGUUCUUUAUCUCCUUGACAUCUGAUGGGAGAGUGUUCCACAGGGUGGGCGCCUCUACGAGAAGGCCCUCUGCCUGAUUCCCUGUAACCUCACUUCUCACAGCGAGGGAACCGCCAGAAGGCCCUUGGCGCUGGACCUCAGUGUCCGGGCUGAACAAUGGGGGUGGAGACACUCCUUCAGGUAUACCGGGCCAAGAUUUUAGUAAUGUUAACCAAAGAUGAAUCCUUAAAAGCCAGUUUUCCAAAGGUGGCAAUUUGUGGCUGCACUCAGCACUGGCCCAUCAGUGAAGCAGACUGAGGCAGCCGCCUCAGCUGAUGGAAUCCAAAGGGCACCUUCAUUGGUGUGUUGUUGCUGAUGAAGCGAGGAGAAGUGGCAGCUUCUGGGUUAUGGCAAGAUCUCAUGCGAGCAACUGCUAGAUCAUACUCUCGCAACCUUCCUGGGAGCCUGGUUAGAUCACGUGAGGCCUCUGCAUGAUCGUGUGAGCUCUUGUGAGAUCUUGCCAGAAGCUGAAGCCACAUGACCCCUCUAAGUGAGUCUUCAGCAGUGGCGGCAAGGAGGAUAAAGUUUGCAUGCCACCACAGGGCAGCACCUUCCCAUUUGGCCUCAGGCAGUGAAACAGGAUGGGCUGCCCAACUUACCUGGGAAUAAGCCCCACUGCAGUCAUUAGGACUUACUUCUGAGUGGACAUGUAUAGGAUUACAUAGUGCAUUUCCAACUAACAUGAAGGUCAAAAAGAAUCAUGGAAUCAAAGUAGAGGCCAGGGGGUUAUGGGAUUUGCAAUUUUCCAAAUAAACUGAGAAUCAGUAAUCCUUUGUGAAAUAAGAAGUAUUAGCAAAAAGAAGUUUUGGUAAGGAAAGUCAUUGAAAAGGCCCAUGAGUUUUCUUCUCAUUGAAAAGUCCUGGAAGCUCUGCAUCUGGACAUUUCUGAUUCUGUUCAUGUUGAUUCUGUGAACAAGCCAUAGACUGUGCUGCACAGGUUUCACACCUAUUUGUGGUCCUGCAAUUGUGAUUACAUCAAGCCUCAAAAGGCGAAGUGGGUAUUUAUUUCACAUCUGUAAUAUGUUCACAUCUUCAAUAAGUACGGUAUGUUAACAUUUGCUAUUUGUGAGCAUAUGCAAAUGUUGUUUCUGCAGUGGAGUUUAUAAACUGAAAUGGUUUGCUGCCCUCAAGUGGUUAAAUAUUGCAUAUGCAUAUUGCAUAUUGCAUAUGCAUAUUGCAAUAUGUAAGGUGUGCUGGUAAUUCAAUAAGGGGCAAUGCCAAAGGCAGUCUUGUAGGUACCCGCACGAGUGUGAGAGAUGUGCAGGGGCUCACCAAGCCACAGUGUGUUACAAAGGGAAGCGGCCCUUUUGGACAUGCCGGGCAAGGAAAAGUUUUUUAAGAAAAGGAAAAUAGCUGUCCUUUACAGUGAGCCAAAAUGAAGUGGAAAUAUAAACCGUGGGUUAACCUGGACUUUUCAGUAAGGUACUAUAAGCCGAAACCGUUUUUGUUGUUGUUGUUUAAAAGUGCUUUUCUUUAGGGAGCCUGUACUGGCAAGUGAAGCCAAUGACAAGAACCAGGCAAAGGCACACCUUCAAAGGUUCUAAACAUAUAAACGUGCAGUGCUGAGGAAUGGUUCCCUGAUCAAAAACCCUGAAUUGUCCACCCCAAGCCCUGCCUUAUUUCUUCCCCCAAACAUCAAGCGAAGGGGGGGGGUGACUUAGAGAAACCAAGAGGGGUGAGGUUUAAGCACACAGUCUAUUCCAAGCCCCGGCAGUCUUUAAAAUUUUACAGGGGGCUCCCGAUUUAAGUGGUACCAAUGGAAGGGAUGGCAGGGUAAAUUAAACCCACGCUAGAAGAGUAAUAAAUCAAUAAACGGCAGGCACAAACACACGCUGCAAGCACACACACACACACGACUUAAAAUUAGAGAGGAACAGGAAAAGGAACCCUGAGGAUCAUCUAGUCCAACCCAAGCAAUGCAGAAAUAUUCAGCUGUCCCAUACAGGGAUCGAACUUGCAACCUUGGCAUUAUCAGCACCAUGCUCUAACCAACUGAACUAUCCAGGCUCUCAAGGACAAUGGAGGGGGAAAACGCAGCAGCACCCUGGCCAACAAAUUAAAAUGUAAGGCAAACCCACUCAGUCACCCAGACCAGCCAUGCAAUUGGACAGGCAAGGGUAAUAGAGGGGGAAACGUACAGCCACCAAGGCAGAGGUAGGGGAAGGAAAGCGAGGAGACGAGGGAGAAAGAAAGACGGAGCCACACUCACACUCAGACCUCGCUGGGGGCAUGUGUUGGGCAAGGGAACAAGCUGCAGCUGAAGAAAGGUAAUUCGCACUCAGACCGCACAAACAAAUCAAGCACCAGGAGUGGGGGGAAAUAGAAGGUUAAAUGUAGGUUUUUACAUGGAAAAGAGGACACAGCAAGGCAAACCUGGAUGCCUGGGUUUUUAAAAGCAGUAAAGCAAUGAGCGCACGCAAGCCUCCUAAAGUUAAAAGGCAAGCCAGGAACCAGGCAGCCUCCACACACACAGACACCCCUGGGGAGGGCUCACAACAGAUUUAGGGAGUGCACAAGGGAAGAAGAGGGAGGAGAGCAUUCUCUUGGAACAAUCUGCUUAAGGCUGCUUUGAAAACAAUGCUCAGCCUGUGCUUUUGUGUGUGCAUGCUACAUUCAUUACUACAUAGUAUCUUAGAAGGAGAAGCUGAAAUAAUACAUGAACAAAUGUAGAAUGAAUUUUCUUCCAUAUCUUCCUUGGGAUAUAUAUAUAUAUUUUUAAGACUGAUGAAUAUGAAUUCUUUUUUUCCCUUCAGGGACAACCUGGUCAGAUGGGGCCCCAGGGCCCAAUUGGGGCUUUGGGUUUAAUAGGACCCAUUGGUUUGCCAGGAGUAAAAGGCCAGAGGGGUGAUAUUGGUCUGCCUGGGCCAAGUGGACAAAGAGGAAGUCAGGUAGGUAAUAAUAAUGCUCAAAGAAAGUGAUUUAAUGUUGUGAUAACAAAAUAAAAACAAUUACAGCGUGAGCUUCAAUAGUUCUCUUUCUCACAUGGUGUAAGAAUAUGUAUUAUGCAAAUCUUUCCUUCAAGAUAAAUUAGUUUUAAAAUGCGUAAUUUAACAUUUGUUGCAAUUUAAUCUCUUCAGGGUCCUACUGGCGUUCCAGGAUUUUCAGGUUUAGACGGUAUACCUGUAAGUAUUCUACAGGUGUUCAUGUAUUUUAUAAGACUGUAGGAUGGUGUUAUUGCAGAACUAAAGGUUUUAUUGGUCCUUUUCUGUCCUUCUUGCUGAAUGAAAGUUCGUAAGGGUUCCUUCUAUAUAAGGACCACAAAAUUCUUCAAAAUUCUUCCUAUCUGUGAGGAGAGCCAAUCAUGACUUUCAUUACAAAGCUAACAGAUAUAAUUUACAAGAUGCUCACACCAAGUAUGAAAACCCUUAUGCAAAUCAUGACUUGAACAUGAUUUGAACUGUGUUAGAUAUAUUAACAUUAUUGAUGUUUCUUCCUAUUGGGUUUCGCACGGCAACUUCUCAGGGUUGUGGUGCUCCAACUUACAUUGCAACAGGUAACUACUGAAAUCUCACUGAGGAGUGGUUUUAGCAUAAAAACGUUGUCAAAAACAAGGUGCAUGUGUCACCAUGGUUUGUGUUUUUGUCAAAUCAUUAUCCUUCCCCUGCCCCAUUUAUAUGAAUUUGCAUUUUAAUGUAAUCUGUUCUAGGGGUUACCAGGACCUGAUGGACCCAGAGGUAAGCCUGGCUUGGAUGGGUGCAAUGGCUCAAGGGGAGAUCCAGGAUUUCCCGGAGAGGCUGGUCGUAUUGGCCCAAGAGGCUCCUUCGUGAGUGAAAGUUUAUUAUGACCUUAUUCUAACUAUUGUAUAGAACCUGAGUGGGGAACGGGUGGGCCUUACCUGAACUGGAUCACCAGGUCAUACCCAGCUUGCUCACUGAGAUAAUCCAGACGAAAACUGUUAGCUGCAUAGUUGGGCAUUUGGUGCCACCAGUAUUCCAGCAGAGAUUGGGCAGGAUUAUAAAUCAUUUAAUGUGUCAAUACGAAUGGAAGUCGUUAAUGUUGCAGUUGUUGUAUAAGGCCUUGUUAUUUUGACUGCAGUGUAAUUGAUAUUAAAAAGAUUUGGAACAAGAAAUAAAGUAAAUCAUCAAACCAUCAAUUCUAGCAUAUGGGGGGCACCUAAAUUAUAUAAUCUGGCAUCUAAAUAAUUGGUAUUAGUAAUUGUGUUAUAAUUUGGCAUUGUUAUAAUGAGGCUAUUAUUGGAUUACUGUAAUUGAAUACUAAUAAAAAUUAUUAUAUAUAUAAAAAAGAGAUUGGACAGGCUUUCCUAUUUUUGACUUUCUUUCAUCUGUUGAAGACUUUUUUUAAUACCGAAAAACCUACGCAGUUGUUUCAACUUUUCUUGGGCAGCCAGUUAUUUUAAUGUUUGAUCUGUAUUUCUAUUUGUAUUUUUAGUAUGUGUUUUAUGUUUUAACAUCAUAAACCAACCCAAUAUUUAUGAUGUGGCAGUAUAGAAAUACUUCAGUAAACAAAUAUAAAUAAAUAAAUAAAAUAUUUGCAUUGUCCAAAUCAAAGACUACUGUUAAACAUAUAUCAUUGCUUUGUUUUCAUAAGCCAAAUCAUAGAACGACUCUGUAAUUCAUUUGAGGGUUUUUUAUUUAUUAAAAAUCUGUUUUUAUAGGGUAUUCCUGGUCAAAAGGGAGAAAAAGGAAAUUCUGUGUAUGUUUCUCAGUUCAUUAAAGGACCUCCGGUAAGUGCAAUGAGAUAUUAUUUGGACAAAGUCUUAUUGCAAUUCUUUUAGAAAAGUACUUACAUGUCAUAUGGCUUGCACAUUAAAAUUUUCAUUGGCAUGGAUAUAAAAUUCACAGGGGACAUCCUUUGGUGUCAUCCUGCUUGUGCAAUGGGACUCCUCCCCCAUCUUGUAGCCCAAUGCCCUCCCCAAACAUCUGGUCUGGAUGGUUGGAGGACCUCCUGGAGCAGAUUGUGGGUUGAAGGGAGGAGGGGAUGGGGAUGUCAUGCUGCAUCUACCAGCACAACAUUGGGUAUAACUCCAUGUAAUUAUAACAGUUCAGAAAUUUUGAAAGUAGAUAAUGCACAUAAUACAGGUGAAUGCUAUAAUAGAGAAGGAACUAUAUCCAGGUUGUCUGGGGAACAAUGUCUGCAUAUUCCAGACACUUCUAGCAAGAAUGCAUUACAUAAUUAUGGAAUUUAUUAUGGGUUUAAAAAUGAUGAAAAUAUACACAAUCAGAGGCCUUUCGGUUGCCUCACUGAAGGAUUGUUCAUCGAAACGUGUAAUGGACAAAGAUAAGAAAGUCCUGCUUUGCCAUUUUCUUUUCUGAAACAUGUUUUCCCUGUUUACUGAUGUGGUUUGUUUUAGGGUGAAAUUCCAUGUAUGCCAAUUUGAAAGUGAGGCCCACAGAAAUAAGUACAACUUAACUUUUGACUGAACAUAUGUGGGACUGGAUAUUCAAACUUGUUUUAAUACAUGUAUUAACAUGUAUUUAUUUAGCAAAAUGAUUUGUUGUGCAUAGUCCAUUUAUUGUCUAUUCCCUGGAUAAGUGAUAUCUUAAUGUUCACUAUCUUAUCUUAGAUUGUCUGCAUUGCUUCCUUUUUAUAUUGUACUGUAAUUCAUGAUGCUAUGGUAAUGUGAAUAGCUACUACAAAGAAGUGUGUGAUCUAACAAAGUGGUUAUGGUUACAGGGAGAAAGAGGGGAUCCCGGAUCCCGUGGCAUGCCUGUAAGUCCCUUCAUUAAUUUGUUUAUGUUUGAUUUGGAGCAAUACAGUCCAUGUCACUGAAAUUUUACUGCUAUACAUUGUGGAUAGCUAUGAAAUCCUUUCCGUCUGCCUUGAAGUCAGUAGCUGCUCUCUGCAGUUGCAUUAACAUAUAUAGCAACUCAGAACAAAGAUCACUGCCGUUGUGUGUCUGUACCACUGACAGACGCCUUCAGCAGUGUCUAGUGGUGGCAUAUAGACUCAUAGAAUUGUAGAGUUGGAAUGGACCACCAGGGUCAUCUUAUUUCCAACCCCCUGCAGUGCAGGAAUCUUUUGCCCAACGUGAGAUUAAGAGUAUCAUGCUCUAUCAUCUGAGCAAUCCUUGUGUGAUGAUCUGCUCUACAUGUUCCAGUUGCCAUGUAGAACAGUUAUUCUGUGAGGAACUACUUCCAACAGCGUCCAUACAUGAAUUGUAACAUAAGCCAUCCCUGACACAGUGGACUUGACAAGAAGUUGAGAAAUCUCGAUAACAAUAAACAAGUGCGGAGCUGCAACACAAUGUUGCUGUGUAUUUCCAGCUCAGUAUGGCUGCUGUGUGGGUUGAGAGCCUAUGAUAAUUAAGGCCCCUUCUAUUUUUAAGAUUAAUUAAAACUGUUUUUCAUUCUUUUGCAUCCACCUCAAGAUGGAUCUGUUGCUUCCGUUGCCUUCAUAGCCUUAGACUUAUCAUUCCUGGUUUAUUUUUUUAUUUAUCUGCAUUAAUGCAUAGUUAGCUUGUACACAGUGUAACCCAUGAAUCCUUGUAGAUCAUUACUCUUAAUGAAAAUCAAGUAGCUGGCUGGUGAUGGUGUUUGACUGGAAUAUUGCCUACGGGCAGUGGGCCAAGUUCAAAUGGUGAAGGCUGUUAGUAGCUGGAUGAGAAUACUGAAGCUGCUAGACGAAACAUCAAACAACAUUUUCUUUUGAUGGAAAACAGAAUGCUGCUGUUACGUUUUUAAAAAGAACAUUGUGUCAUCUCUUCCCAGGGUCCCAGAGGAGAAAGGGGGCCCAGAGGUCCACCUGGAUUUCCAGGCCAACCAGGCAUACAGGUACAAUGCUGACAUUUUUAUUUCACCCCUUCACUGUAAGUGUGCUAGGAUGGGUUAGCCUUCUGUCUGUUUAUCUAUUAGUUCAUCACCAAUGUGAAUUUUGCGUAUUAUACACAAAAUUCAUGCAUUAUACACAGAUAUAAAUGGGAAAUUGUAUUGUUAGUCUGCUCAAGUUCAUACACAUUCAUGAAUUCACAUUUGCAGAUAGGUAAUGCUCAUUAUCUAAUUUCUUCAACUGAAAAAUACUCUUAAAGCCAAACUUGUGAACACUGAGCAACAAAAGUGACCAGCAACUUAACUAAAGAUUCACCAUAGUGCUAUAUAAGAAAAAUAGGGGUAAGCAAUCACUUUCCCCCUAUAAGAGAAUGUAUGCACCAGCUGAUUAGGGCAUGGCUUGUGCAGUCUACUCAUGAUGGAUACAAUCUUAAAUGGAUAAUUAUUAGCUCUCUGUUUUCCAAGUUAGCAGCGCAAAUAGUAAUUCAAAAAGAUGUUUUGCGGGUGCCUUCAUCCCAGCCACUGUCCCAUCAUUUUGUAUCCUACUUUACAGACAUGCUAAUCCAUUAAAAACAUAAAUCCAACUAUUAAAAAAAAACCCUUUACUAAUUCACCAAUCCCAGAUGUCUCGUUGCUAGUCUUUCACCCCAACUUGAACAAACUCCAGCUGUUUCACAGUCUCUGCUAGUCUUUCACCCCAACUUGAACAAACUUCAGCUGUUUCACAGUUUUGGAGAUGUCACAAGUUUUCUCCCUCACACCACUCUCCACCAAAGGGUGAGGAGGAAAUGAAAGAAAAACCUCCCCCCCCCCACAAGCUCACAUAAAGGUUUACUGGUCACAGUAGGCUGUAGGGUUAUAUGUACAGAAACUCUGCAAAGCUUUGCGUGGCAGUGAAAAUGUUUGGUGGAAAAUGUUAAAAAGAACAGAAGACAGUAGGUAAAUAUGUGGGAUCUGUGGCCUUCCAUCACAGCUGAUAAUUGCCCAUGCUGGCUUGGGCUGAUGGGAGUUGAAAUCCAGCAACAUCUAGAUGGGCCACAGGUUCCCCAUCCCUGCCCCUAUGGUAUUGCUGUUGUAUAUAUUUCUCAGGUUGAAUUCCUGUACUUGUACAUAACUACUCAUUCGCUGUUCCUCCUCCCAAAGGGUACUACAGGUCCUCCUGGUUUGCCAGGUGAGCAGGUAAGAGGCAUUUUUUUCUCCCAUGUUAAAGUUUAUAUAGCAUUUAUCACACUGGUAUUUUCUUUUGUUUCACUCUGUUAUAGGUUUUUAUAAAGAAACUUGCUUUAAGUUCCAAACUUUAGCCACCCAAUCUAAUGAUAAACUGGCAUUGAUUUCUGCAUCUUUUAAAAAGUCUCUCUUUUACCCCCCCCUUCUGUUUAAAAAUUAACAAUUCAUUAGGGAAAUCCAGGAACUGGCGUGGAAGGACAGAAAGGGGAGCCGGUAAGCAAAUAAGCUGUCUCUGGGAAUAGCUGCCUGAAAAGUGUAAUCAUAGUAAGAGAUAGCUGAAGAAAGUGAAUAGGCUUCACGUUCAUGGGUUUAUUAAGUUUCCUGUAAAGGAAAAAAAAAGAUCUUUUUUGGUUUCAUACAUAAUUUGAGUUCUGGGAAUUUCUAGAGCAGCCUUCACCAAUCCUUCAGAUGCUUUUGAUUGCAAUUCCCAUCAGCCCUAAGUGGAUAAAAUAACACUAUCAGCUGUAUAUUCUCAUAUGUGAAGAAGCAUACAGUGGUUUGCGAACUUUGUUCAGAAGCUGAAUGGGUUCCAUUUUGAAUGCCACCCUUUCGUUUUGAGUGUUAUGCUGAGGUCUGUCUGUUUUUGCUAUUUAUGUUUUUGUGACUGUGUGGAACCCAGUUCAGCUACUGAUUGAUUGAUUGAUUGAUUGAUUGUGUGACUGCAGUACAUUGUUUAUUGCUUUCAUUUUAUGGAUCAGUGGUCUUGUUAGAUAGUAAAAUUCAUGUUAAAUUGCUGUUUUAGGGAUUGCUUUUAAAAGUCUGGAACAGAUUAAUCCAUUUUGCAUUACUUUCUAUGGGAAAGUGCACCUUGGUUUUGGAACAUUUUGGUUUUGGAAUGGACUUCCAGAACAGAUUAAGUUUGAGAACCAAGUUACCACUGUAGAUAGAGCAGUGGCAUGAAACUCAGUUAACACAGAUCAGUGCUAGGCUGUUCAAACAUAGAAUGAGCCCUCUGCAACUAACUCCACAAUGUUAUUCACCCUGCUUACUAUUUCAAUGCAUUUUUAGGGUGAUGUUGGACCUCCUGGAUCUGCAGGGCAGCCUUUAUUAGUUGGACCUCCUGAUUCUCAACUGUUAAAGGGAGAAAAGGUAUGCAAAUUAUACAGUGCUUUUGCAAUUGUUAUGUAUCCAUUUCUUCUUAUAAAGUACCCAGGAAAUUUCAGUGAAAUCUAUGCUCAUUUUUUAAUGGUUAGGGUCACAGCUUAAAACCCUAAUCCUAGAGGUGGAUACAUUUGUGUUAGACUAUAGAAAGGCAAGCACCACAGCGGUAUCCUGAGCAAAAGAAGUACAGUGGUAUCUCUGCCGCUCCUGGUUGUGAACUUUGCCCCAGGAUGUGAGCAGAAAUCGUGCGCCAGAGGCGCACACGCAGCAGGAGGCGCCAUUAGCAAAAGUGCGCCUUAUGUUACGAGUGGUUUCCGGUUAUGAACAGACCUCCGGAACGGAUUCUGUUCGUAACCAGAGGUACCACUGUAAAGCAAAUUUGUCCUGGUAUGCUGCAUAUCACUUGGCCACACUGCAAUGGUGUUCAUAUACUAUGCCCACUUUUAUCAAGGCUGUUGCUAGCAUCAUGCUAAUUUGCAAUUGUAAAAAAAGCCUGUAUGAAUUAUGGGGCUUCCUUGGCUGAUUUAACUCAUAGUUAAUGAAGUUGCAGAAAGAAGCGGUGUGAUCAAGUGGUCCUCCAAGAUGUUUCUGAACACUGGCUGUGCAGAACUGGGGCUGAUGGGAGCUGGGAGUCCAGCAACACCUGGAGGACCACAGGUUCCCGACCCCUGAGCCACAAUAAGCAAAUUUAAUAAAUAAUAUGUGUUGUGGAAGGGGAAUUAUUGGGUUGUCUGUUUUUGUUUUUAUUAUGAAUUUCGUGUUUUUUAUAUUGUGGUUUUAUGUUGUGAACCACCCUGAGAUCUAGGGGUAUAGGGAGGUAUACAAAUUUAAUAAAUCAUCAUAAUAAGCAACAUAUUUUAAAUUAAAUGUUUUAAUACUCAGGGUGUAAAAGGAAUGCCUGGAACUAUAGGUGCCAAAGGAUUGCCUGGCCGCAAAGUAAGUGACAUUACUUUUUUAAAUUCAUGAACUGAUUUCAUAGAUAUUUUAUCCCAGAACUUAUUAAAAAUGCUUGGAAGUGUUUGGGGUUUUUUUCCAAGCUAGCAGUGGAUUUCCUCUUUAUCAGUUUAUUGGAACAUAUUAUAACAAGCCAGAUCAUUGGUCCACCCUAGCUCAGUAUUGUAUGCACCAGGUGUGGGAAACCUUUGCUCUUCCCAAUGUUGCUGAACUACAAAUUUCAUCAUUCCAAGCAAGCAUGGCCAAGGAAUGAUGGGAAUUGCAUUUCAGCAACAUCUGGAGAGCCAAAGGUUCCUGAUACCUGGUGUACACUGACUGGCAACAGCUCUCCAUGGUUUCAGGCAGGGGAGACUUCCUAGCCCUAGGACUUCCUUUAUGCAAAGCAGUUUUUCUACGACUGCACUAUGGUAUUUCCUGCAGGCCUUUUUCCUGAGCUGGAAUGCAGCAACUGACUGCAGGGCCAAACUAGACAAAACACCACUCAUGCAAUUUCUGAUGAAUGGCAUCUUGUCCAGUUUUGUCCUCCGUCCCUGUCAUUCCCAGGCUGUGAAGCUAUUGCUGGUUGAACUCUGGAUGAGCUGUUCUUUGCACCACUAUCUUCACUGGAUGUUUAUUUGCAGGCCCAGUGGAGCCAUGGGCAGGGAGGGCACCAUGUAGAACAUUAAUUGCAAUAAGACACAGGACAGCAGCAUUGGGGUUUAAACAUACCACAGCUUUAUUGAGAACAGAGGUCAGUCUGUUUUGGCAUCGGUAUUGGUUGUGUAUCCUGAAAUCAACCAGCCCAACAUCUGAUUGAUGAUUGGCAGGUUUUACCAAGUUUAAGGGUUGCACUAUGAUGUGUAUCAUAUCCAGGUAACCUGUAGGUUCACAAUUUGAGGUGCUAUGGCCCAUCAAUCCCUGAGCUGGGCAUCUGGACAAGAAGCACCUCCCCGAGGCUCCUGUUAAGGGGCUACCCUGAGACCAUGGAGUGGUCACUGCUUGCUUAGAUUAAGGAUCCAACCCAAUGCCUUAUAAUCCAGUAAGUUGUGACUAUUGCUAUAAGAUGGGCAAAAGCUUCAGAUAAGCCCAGUUAGCCUGAAGGGCAAAUUUGUCCCUCGUCCUGAAUACAGCAACUGAAGAACUUCCAAAAAAGAGGUGUCGGAACUCACCAUGAACACCUUCCUUGCUCUCUUAUAAUGGCAAUGGCGUCCACCUGAGAGGUGCUAGAACUGAGUUCUGGUGAGUUCCUGCUGGGAAAAAGCCCUGCAUAGCAUGGUCCACCCCCCCCAGUCCCAGAUCUAUAUAGGUGAACCCCAAACAAGUGAACUGUGUAAUAGAAUUUGUGUUUCUUAUUUGAAGUAAUUUGACUGUUUUUUGUUUUGCAUAAAAACAGGGUUCACUUGGAAUUGGAGAGAAGGGUGAAAGGGGGAUUCCUGGCUUUCCUGGAUUGCGGGUGAGGAAGUUUCAGAAUAAGCCAAUAUAGUUACCGUUUAUACAUGGCUUUUAAGUAGUGGUUGCCAGUGUGAUGCCUUCCAGAAGUUUACUGGACAGAAGCUCCCAUGAGCUCCAACUAGCAUAGACAAUGGUUGGGGAUAAUUGAAACUGUAAUUCAUCAACACCCAGAGGCGCACCAUGUUGGCUAUUCCUGGCUUAUAAAUACUAGAAAGGCAAUUUAACUAUACAAGAACUUUCAUACUACCAAUGCAAUAUUUAAUUUUUAUUAUUAUAGUCUGUAUCAGUUUUGAGAAGAUUCUGUUGAAGCUUUCGUUGCUUUUAAAGAAUUGUUAUUGCAAACCUACUGUAGGUAUGCCAGCUGAUCUAUGUAUAUCUAGUGGGACUGUUUUCAUUGAGCAAGAUGGCCCUGAUGUUUAAAUCAAACCACUAAACAUUGUUUGCUAUUUGGAGUCUGUGUGUGUGCGCGCGUUGUUCAAGAAGCACACAUUUGAACUUCGCUAGGCACAUGGAACUAGACUGUGGCUUAUGUCUGAUUUUGACAUCCUAAGACCACAUAUCCUGGAGUAAUUAAAUCUGAAUAUAUAAAGGAGACUCUGAACCUCAAAGUCAUUUUGUUUGUAUUAUAUUAUUAACUGCAGCCUUUUAUUUAUGGGAGUUUGGCUUUUUGAUCUUAGUCUCAAGAGGUUUUGUCACAGGGCUGCACAAGAUACAACAUUUCAUUAUAUAGCUCAGGAUUGUGCGGGUGCUUUCGGAGUACUGUCUUUGGUUUUGAAUGAUUGAGUUUGGCAUGUGAAUGUUUAAUUUUUGUUUUAUUGUAAAUGAUCUAAUGAAGUCUUUAACUGGAUGCAGAUUGUUCCAUUUAUCAUUAACAUGUUUUUCUGCCAUUAGACAUCUUGGGCAAGAUCUAUAAAAAGAAGAUAUUUGAAGUAAAAAAAAGUUUAAUUUAGUUUCUCAUAUUGCUUCUAAUUACAGCCCUAUCUGGGCAUUCCCUCCAGGUGAUUACCAUUAGCAUGGUCUAGAACUGUAAUCUUCCACAGUUCUAGAUUCCUUGGAAGCCUCCAAAAGUAGAGGGAGCUCCCUGCUACAGAGGUUUCCCUUGCCAGUAGACAAUAAAGUCUGUGAUGGGGUCAUGAUCAUAGGAGCCAACUCCUAGGGGCCAAUGACCCUUCACCCCCCAAUAAAAAAAUUUAUGCCCCCCCCCAAGUUGAUGGGCAUUGCCAUUCAAAUGGUGUGCAUGCACCACAUCAUGUGAUCAAUUAUGCAGGAUGGGGCUUACCUGGGCCUUCCCAAUAUUUUAUUCAAGUUGGCAUCACUGGUCAUGAUGGACUGGGUAGGGCCUAUUAGCUCAUCUCGCUCUGAACCUCACAGAGUGGUGUGUGUGUGUGUGUGUGUGUGUGUGUGUACGUGUACUAGAGAGAGAGGGAGGGAGAAUGGCCAGAUAUGGCCUAGGCAACAUUGCAAGGUAUUUAUACAAUUAACUUUUGCUGAAGUAGGGCCGAUAUGUUGAGAUACAGCAUACUGAGUUCAAUAGAAUUUAUUUCCAAUGAGUUGGGUUCUGAGAACUGUUAGUGGAAGAAAACAUGUGGAAAUGAAUUUUCCCAUCAACUCUUCCCCACUGCAACCUCCCAAAAUGUUGUGGGAUGGAGAAUGGGGGGAUCACUAUGGGAGGGGAGAAUUGGCCCAAAGUUGGAUAAAGGCACCUUAUGCAAAUAUAGCAGGGAUUUAUGUAACUCUGGGGUAACCAACAUGGUGCCCUCCAGCUGUUGUGGGCCACAACUCCCAUCAGCCUCAGUCAAGGUGGCUAAUGGUCAGGGAUGAUGGGAGUUGUAGUUCAUAAUAUCUGGAGGGCACCACAUUGGCUACCCUUGGUCUAACCCAAUGUGUUCAUCAUAAUCAGGGUGUUAAAAAUACCUAAUAUUAUAACUUUUUGUCUCUGUCCUUUUCCAUAGGGGAGUCCAGGUUCUUAUGGAUCAUCAGGAAUUCCAGGAAGCAAGGUAGCAUAUAUUUAUAAAUAAAACAUAAACAAUGUCUAUAAUUUACUAAUAAAAUAAACCUAAUUAUAGCAUCCAUAUCCAUAGCACACACACCUUCCCUUUAAUUUUGUAACAUAAAUCAGUGCUGGUGUAUUUUAAAAACAUUUUUUAAAUGUUUGGAAUUUCUUUUACCUGCUAAACCCCCACAAUUUCAGACCUGUUUUUGAGAGACUGCGUAAUGGUGGUCGUUUGGCUCUGAGCUAGCAAACCUUGUCAACGAAACUUAACUUGAAGUGCAUGAAUUGUCACAGAUUAACCAAUUUGGGAUAAUGUCUUACACAGUUAUCCCCAUUAAGUCCCAUUAAUUACAGUGUAACCUAUUUGCACGAUAAGCGUUCUUAAGGGACAAACAAAUAUUGUUUAUUUCAGGGUGAAACUGGAAUGGCUGGAUUUCCUGGAGAGGAUGGGCUUCCAGGAAUUAAGGUCAGGUCUCAAAUGCAGAAGGUUCUUUAUAUAUCUGUGUUUAUACUGUAUCAAGCUUACAUGGAAUUUAUACCGUUCUGUAGCAGAGCAGAGGGGUUAUUUUAAUUCAUUCCAUUACCUUUCACUAUCACAGUUAAUUGUUUCCCUUGGGCUUCUAUAGGUACAAUGUUGUUACAUUGCAAUAAACCUGAAAAUUCUUACAGGGGGACCCAGGAGACAGUGGGCUGCCAGGUCCACCAGGACCUCGAGGAAUACCACACCCUGGAAUAAAAGGUUUACCUAAUAUUAAACAAUUCAAUGCACAUUUAAUACAAUUCAUGGUAACAUACAAUUAUGUUAACAACAACCACCACCUUUUCCAAUGAUCUCCUACAGGUCUUCAAGGAGACCCUGGAGACCCUGGACCUCCUGGAAAUGUGGGGGCAGAUGGGUUGAUGGGCCCUCCUGGUGCUUUUGGCAGGCAAGGGGAAGAUGGAACCAGUAAGGAACCUUUUUUAUGUUUAGGGUAAAAGAAAGUUCUAUCACCAGCUUUCACUUCUUUCCAUAAAGGUUAUGCUGACCCAGGAUAAAAAUCAUCUGUAGCAGCCUUUUCAUAGUUAUGUCUGUGCAUUUCUAAGCAUUAUCGUAAGAGUUUAUACAGAAUUUUUUGUGAUUUUUUUUUAGAUGUAGUGAGUUGGCAGGUUUUAAAUAAUCAUAUGAGCAGCAAAUGUGUUAAAGCUUCUUGAUUGUUCAAGGUAUUCGCUCAGGUUGAACAUUUAGCCUUUAUAAGGAUUUCAUUGCCUUAAUAAGAUUGUUGAAAAAAGGAGGGGUGGGCUAGGAAUUGAACAAAGGUGUGGCAAAUUGCUGCCCACUGUGCUUCCUCAGGUUUGUGUAGUUAUUCCAGGUGGUAACACCCCCAAGUGGUCCAUGCUGGACAACACCAGUGCUGCUCAGAUAUUCUAAGAAACCAAAACAUAAUAAGAUCUUUAAAUUGAUUUUCUUUUUUUAGUUUCUUAAUCAUUCUAACACUGUUGGGUAAACUAUAAUAUGCAAUCCUGCCAAAAUUUGGUUAAAAACAGUUCCCUUUUGAAAGGCCCAAUCCUGGCACCCAAUCUUAGACAAAAACCUGCUCCUUGAUCUUAGGAGCCAUCCUGCAAAAAUCUGUGAUGACGUCUUCAGAGGUGUCCUGAUCAGUGCAAUUUGGAAUGGCCAUUUUGAUUCAAAACAGUUUCCAAAUAUAGACAAAAAUCCAUUCCUCAAUUUCAGGAACAAUCAUGCCAGAUUUGGUGAUGGCAUCUUAAGAGGUGCCUGGAUGCCAAGUAAACAAACAAACAACUUUCCAAAAUAUGUAGUGUAAUUUAUAAUGCUGUAGAUGUAGUAGUAGAUGUAGGUAUGUUGAUCAAAAGAAUCACCUCAACAAUUUGGAGCAUGAUCUUUCAAACAAAAGGCUUUCCUCAGUCCAUUGGGGGGGGCAGUGUUUAGAGGCCAUCUUUGGACAGAUUGAAGCUUCUUCUUUUCUCCACUUUUUCUAAAUAAAACAAUUACUGAAAGGAGAACUCCAUGUGACUGAUGAACUGAUAGAACUGUUAAAGAUUACUCUUCAGCUACAUUUAUCUUUAAGCUUCCUACUGAAUUUAUAGUUUGCAGCUAGUUUUGAACAUGGGGACAUAAAGAAUACGAACCUCUCUCUGCAUUUAUGAUAACUAUGGAUACAAACGCUACUAAUAAGAGGACUUAACACUUUGUUCACAUAUGCUGAACCUGCCAAUGCUUUAAGACCAUCUGGCAAUACUUUUAUUUCGGUUCCUUUGCUUGCUGAAGUUAGGCAGGCAGUAAAUGGGAAAUGAGCCUUUUUUCCGUUCCCAGUGAAAUCCUAUGCAAAUCCAGUCAAAAAUACAUUCCAUUUUGUUCAGUGGGGCUUACUUCCAGGUAAGUGUAUGUAGGAUUGCAUCCUGCACACAUUUACCUGGGAGUUCACUGCUUUGAAUUAAAAUUCAGUGGUAGAACAUUUGUCUUUAAUUCAGAAAGUCCCAGGUUCAAUUCUUGGCGUUUCAAAGUACAGCUGACAGAGGCUUGCUAACUGAAACCCUGGUGAGUUGCAUGCUGCCUCUGAAUACUAGUUGCUAGAGAACAUGAACAGCAGAGUGCAAUUGCACUCAUAUUCUGCUUGUAGUCUUCCAGUAGAAAUCUGAUAGGCAGCUGUGGGAACAGAACCCAGGACUAGGUGGGCCUUUGGUCUAAUGCAGUUUCUUGUUAAAUCAGUGGGACAAAACUGCCAUGUCUUAACUUGAGGGCCAUUGAUUUCAAUGGGAACUUAAGGUCAACCCAGAAUUCCUAGGGCAAGAAAUACUCCGAGAUGCAGUGCCAACCUAUUGUUUCCAGAGCAUGUGCCAGUGUUGUAAUCCAAACUGGUAAGACUGUUUUGUGCUGUUUUACAACUAUUAAGAAAAAGAAAAGAAUGAAACGCCAAAACCUGUGAUUUGCAGCUCAGUUUUCUUGUGUGCUUUAGAACAAAUAGUUUGAAGAUAAUUGCUACGGUUGCGGAAAUCACUUGAACAGGAAUUUGGAGAUCAAUUGAGCUUCCCUUUCAAGCCAUGCCAGACUAUCAGAAGGAAAUAUUAGUUUAAAACAUAAGGAAUCCAUUAUCCUGGAUAACUGGGCCUUCAAAUGUUGCUUGGCCACAACUCACAUCAACCUUUGCCAUUGACCACGCUGGUUGGGGUUGAUGCGAGUUGGAAUCUAACAAUAUCUGGAGGCUCCACAGGUUUCCCAUCCCUGUUCUAGAAUAUUCAGUGAGGUGUAGCUCAAAUAAUUUGAGUUUUAGAAUGCCAUACCCCAAAUGCAGCUUCUCCCAUAGAUAGCUUCUCUAUGACUUUUACAAGACUCCAUGACUUGUUCUUUCUCCUCCUCCUCCAUAGGUAUCCCUGGUCCCAAAGGUCUAUUGGGAGUACAAGGGCCUCAGGGCUUUCGAGGUGACCCUGGUCUCCCUGCUAUAGCUGACAUGGCACUAGGAAGGCCUGGCUCUCCAGGGUUGCCGGGUUUUCCAGGAACGCCAGGAAAGCAGGGCUUGCCUGGACCACCUGGUAAGAUGAGCAAAAUACUUUGAACAUUGAACAAAAAUAUUUCAACUUGAAGAUUACACACACACACACACACACACACACACUGGUACCUCGGUUUAAAGAUGGCCUUGUUUACGAACGAUUUGGUUCAUGAGCUCCGCAAAACCGGAAGUAGUGUCCCAGUUUGCGAACUUUACCUCGGUCUAAGAAUGGAAUCCAAAUGGUGGAAGGGCACAGUGGCGGGAGGCCUCAUUAGGGAAAGUGCACCUAGGUUUAAGAACCGUUUCGGUUUAAGAACGGAAUUCCGGAACUGAUUAAGUUUGUAAACUGAGGUACCACUGUGUGUAUGUAUGUGUAUGUGUAUGUGUGUGUGUGUGUGUGUGUAUGUGUGUGUGUAAUAUUAUUAUUGACUAUAAUUCCACUCAUUUCUUUAUAGGAGGGGUGGGCCAACUUUGACAGGUGGGCAUGACAGCUCUUGCCAGUUAUAUAAUCCCUUGCACAAGGUUCCCAAGUCCCCAAUAACCAGAUGAUUGUUCGGUGCUCAGAAACUUCAGUGCAAGAGGCUUUGCCAGCCCUAUGGUUGGCACUUUGGGAAGCACUGAGCAUAGGGUUUGCAGAGCGUUCUUUCUCUUCCUCCCCAUCAUUUGAAGGGGAGUGGAGGGAGAAAAAACCUUGCAUUUAUGUUCAGUUCUGCUCAGGCUUGGGAACAAACAUGUACAGAAUUGAGCCUUGUUCUCCCUCCGAUAAUCAGCUUAACAUCACGAAUGACAGGCAUGUAAUUGGCAGGGGAUUGACAAGUGGGUGGGGUUUGGGGAAAAUGGCCUUGUGGACCAAACUGGUUUCCUACCCCUAAUAUUUAGCAAUAGUUAUUUACCAAGCAGUAAUAACAGUAAUCAUUCCAGAUAUGGGCAAACCAGGCUUAUUGCCUUUACUAUUUGUCUUCAAAAUCUGGCUUCCAUUUAUCCAAGGUGGAGUAAUACCAGGAAAGCACAAUCACCAGCAAGGAAGGAGGCUUAUGAGGAGGGGCAGAGGCAAUGGUAACAGCGCUGCACUCAUCAGGAUGGUGGUGUACAGGUGGCAGUAAGAUCAGGGUUACUUCAGGUUGGUAGUGGUAGCCCAGCUUAUAUGUGUGCACCUGCAAGGCCACUGCUGGGCCAGAACUCCCCCAAAGUCCCUCCCUCACACCAUCUUGGUGACCACAGUGCUGCUGCCAGGAAGACUUUGCAGCCUCUGACUCACUACCCUCACGAGUCACCUCUGGAAGAAGCUUUAAGAGGAAGGCACUUUACUGCUUUCCCCUUCCAGUAUGGGCCUCCCCCCCCCCCAUUGGUUGCACUGCAACAGAGCCUCAGCCGAGGAGAAAGCAUCUGAGGGGAAGCUGAGGGAGAAAAGAGACAGGUGGAAAGAAGGGCUAAAUACCCUCCUCCUUCUCGCUGCUUCUUUAUUAGAAAUAAUAACCUCCUACUUUGAAGAAGUGAACUCUAAAGGUGGAUUGUGGGAAUAAUAUUUUUGUAUGUUGCCCAAUGAUCUAUCAACUGCAUAUGGAAUGUGUGUGAGAGGGGGGAAUAUGUCUAAAGGAAUCUUUAUUUACUCCACUCAGUUCUGUAUUGCAGAACUCUAGCUCUGCGUAGCAAGUUAGUUCUACAGUUUCAGCGGGUGGCGCUGUGGGUUAAACCACAGAGCCUAAGACUUGCUGAUCAGAAGGUUGGCGGUUUAAAUCCCCGCAACAGGGUGAGCUCCCAUUGCUCGGUCCCUGCUCCUGCCAACCUAGCAGUUCAAAAGCACCUCAAAGUGCAAGUAGAUAAAGUACCGCUCCAGCGGGAAAGUAAACAGCGUUUCCGUGCGCUGCUCUGGUUCGCCAGAAGCGGCUUAGCCAUGCUGGCCACAUGACCUGGAAGCUGUACGCUGGCUCCCUCAGCCAAUAAAGUGAGAUGUGCGCCGCAACCCCAGAGUCGGCCACGACUGUACCUAAUGGUCAGGGGUCCCUUUACCUUUACCUUUUUAGCUCUGCGUAGCAAGUUAGUUCUACAGUUUCAGCAACAAUUGUUUGAAAACAGUAACAUGAUUAUGUACUAUAUAAUGUAGAAUUGUGUGAGGAGGAGAAUAAUAAUAAUAAUAAUAAUAAUAAUAAUAAUAAUAGUAAUUUAGUGUUCCAAACUUCAGGAGAAAUGGAGAAGAGGAUGGAUGGGUGAACAUAUAUAUCCUAUUAACUAGGAAGUGGGCAUCACAUUGGCAGUCAAACAGGCUUCUGCUGAUGUAACCAUCUGGUCCUGUAGCUGUCUAACAUGUCAGCUCUAAGAACGAGACCAGGCUGUUUAUUUUUUUAAAAAAGAACAGAGGCAAAUAUAACCAAUUAAAACAAUAAAAUAUAUCUUUUGUAAAAUUUCAAGGUGUGGCUUGUACUGGGAGAGGGUCUCCUGGGCCACCAGGAGCUAAAGGCCAGAAGGGAUCACCUGGAGAAAGAGGUGCAAAAGGAGAGAAAGGCAAGUACCUGCAUCCCUCACAGAGCAAAUGCCUCAUCUCAAUCAAAUCAUGUAAUUUAACCAUGGCUGUCCUUGAGAUAAAAACACAAGUCAUAAUUGCUUUGUGAACUUGCAUUAUUUGUCUGGUCCAAAGCCCUGCUUCCUUUGUGCCUAUACAGGGAGUGCAAGUAGCUGCUUAUGUGGUGCUGGUCCUUGUGGUGCACCUGGAAUACGAGGUCCGCCAGGUGUCCCUGGAAGAAAAGGAGAAGUAGGGGUGCCUGGAAAAUAUGGAAGAAUAGGUGAUCCAGGCUUACCUGGUGCAGUAGGGCCACCAGGUUACCCAGUGAGUAACUUAUAGGCAAUAUUUUAUAUUCUGGCAUCCACAGAACAGAUUGAUGUUUCCUUAUGUUGUUCAUUUCUUUAUUUCUGAGGAUUCGGCUUUUAUUUUGUCACAUUUUGAUGCUAAUGGUCAGGUGGAUCACACAACGCAUACUUAAACUGUGGAAUUUGCUACUUCAAGGUGUGGUGAUGACCAUCAAUGCAGAUGGCUUUAAAGGGGGGUUCAUGGAGGAUAAGACCUUCAAGCACUACUAGUUGUGGUGCCUGUGUAUAAUAGCGGUCGCUGGGGGGAGGAAACAGCAACAGUGGGCUAUUGUGCUCAGGUCCUGCUUGCAAGUUCUCCAUAGGCAACUGGUGGUUGGUCAGUGUUGGAAACAGGAUACUGGGCGAGAUGGGUCUAUACUCUGAUCCAGCAGGAUUCUUCAACUGUUCUUGACAGUGUGCCAUGACAGCAAAACAUUGGGAAAGAUCUUGAUGAAAGGCUCCUGUGGGAGCUCAUGGUGUAACCUGGACAGUGGCAGAGCAACAUGUUCCAGCACCCGGAACGGUGAACAGGUGGGGGCAUCCCAGGGGGGGCGGCUGCAAUGGCACCCCCCAGGAUGGCACCCGGGCCCGGCAAACCACUCCCCCCGCCCCCACCUUCGUCCGCCAGUGCACCCGGAUAACCUUUGUUGUCAGUUUGAAAAGAGAGCAUCACACUCCCAUCUUGCUCAUCUUGCUCAAUAGAAGUUUACUUGCUGUCAGAUCUCAGCUAUUAUUUCAAUUGACUAUAACUUUUUUUAUUUUAACACUUGUAAGGGAAUACCAGGUCCAUUUGGGUUGACUGGUGAAAAAGGUGAUAAGGGUGACCCAGCUAGAAUAAGAAUAAAAGGUAACUAUACAACAUACUAAACCCAUGAGAUUUUUUUUCUUUAAACUUGGGGACUGUUUCCAAUGGUAUAUCCAAAUUUUGUAUUGCGUGGUGUUUGUGGUGUAGAAGCUUCACACAAAAGAGCCAACGAUUUGCCCUGGGAGUAAUAAACACUAGCCAUCUGUCUGAAGUUCUUUCUCCAAAGUUAUAGUCUGUAAGUGCCAUAAUUAGAGUAUUGUCUUCCACUUCCUCAUUUUUAUGAUCUAUCAAAUGCAAGGAGCUUAGUGCAGUCUGUUCCUUAUUCCAUGUCCCUCCACUGAUCAGCACUCUGCUUUUUAUGUCAUUGUGAAAAAUGCACUACCUAGUUAAAGUGGUACCAACUGUCCUAAGAUUCUUGCUUAAGUUUUGUCAAGCAUCUCCAUUCGCACCAUCUUUCUGUUUUUCUGCUCAUCCUAAUUCACUAUGAACCACUUUUCAUUUGAAAUGUUCACAUUCAUCCACUUAUUCAUCUUAUUGCAAGAUUUUUAGGGUUGUUCUUAAAAAAAAAUAGACUGAAUUUGCACACAUUCAUCAUAGACACCUCAGUAAUUUCUUUGGCUAAUGCAUUCCACAGAAGAGGAGGAGAAGGUUUCUGACCUUAUAUAAUUAAUGGAGAAGCUAAUUUUUUUCUCCUCUCUGAUUCCUCCUGCAUAAAAUCCUGUACAAAUACCAAAACUCAGGGUUGGCAUUCAUUGUUUUAAGACAGAACUUUUAAUAUUCUGAACACUAAUUAGAAAGAAAAAUGCAUUUUAUCCAAACGCAAAAUACUGUCCUAUAACUUUUUGUAAAGCUGCAUUCUUAUUGGUUUGCCCAGUUUUCUAGCAGUUUGGGGGCAUUUCCUAAAACAUUCAUGUACCAUAGUCUUCAACAGCAUGCAUACAUACAUACAUACAUACAUACAUAUAUUGCAUACUGACUGUAAUAUUUCCAUAAUUUAAAGGGAUAAAAGGACAAAGAGGUCUUCAAGGUGAGCCUGGAUUUCCCGGAAGAAAUGGUAUUGCUGGCAGGAAUGGAGAACUCGGACUGCCUGGUGAAAAGGGCUUUAAGGUAUACCUGAUUGUUUUGACAGUUCUUUUCCCCUUCAUUGUAACUAUGAGGAUGUAAACUAACCAGGAGUUGUCUUUCUGUGUGAAAGGGCUAAGAGUUCUGCGCAGUUCUUAUAAUCAAAGCUGGCUCCUAAGCUCAGAACAUGCUCAGUGGCACCCUGUUCUUUAAUUCUAACAGUAUGCCUUUUGCACCUGGGAUCAUGGGGUUCUAGUGCAAAACUUCUAACAUAGCUACAACACUAAUAAAACCAACAAUAAGGACAUGCCCAGCCCAGAAAUAAAACAUUGAUUUAACAAGUCCAUCAUUCAGAAGGAAAUAUUGCUCAUGAGUAAGCUGCUGUGAACAAGUGAAUCUCAAGGCCCUUUUGGAAAACCUGGUGAAUUUAAGGGGAUCAGCUGGAAGUGAGUUCAAAUAUAUGAAUUGUGCAUUUGUAUUCAUUGUUUACAGGGGCUUGAUGGAAGAGCUUUGCCAGGUGAUAAGGGAUUUCCUGGUUCCCCUGGACUUCCUGGCCCAAAAGGGCCAGUAGGACCAACAGGUUUUGGAAUUCAGGGUCUGCAAGGUGUCCGGGGUCUGCCUGGAAGUCCAGGAAGCCCGGGUAUUAGAGGACCACCUGGCCCAAAAGGUGAAAAAGGUAAUGUAUGUAUUUUGCAUUGAAAAGAGAAUACUCUAUUGGUUCAGUUGUUUGAGAGGUUGGGUCAAACCAAUUGAUGGUUGCUUUUCUUCUAGGUGCUACUCUUCCUUACACAGCAGCAUACCCUGGGAAUCCAGGUGCACCUGGUUUUAAAGGUAUAUCAGGUAUGACCACAAAAGUGAAAUAAGGUACUAUUCUUUCUACGGAAGCUGUUAAUGUCUUCAAGUUAUUCAGAAUUAAACAGACUUCUGUAAUUUAAAACGUACAGUAAUGAGGUGUAGGGUAAGAAUUCUCAAGAUUGGAAAAGAAACACAGAUGCGAGGUUAUCAUAAAUGAUAGCUAAAAAUUAAAAGCAGGGCUAGAACCUCCCUAAUACUCUAUGCAAAAACCACCUUUUGUUUUUCACUGGUAGUGAACUUGGUGGAAAAAUAAAGUUUGGUAUGUUCCUCUUAUAUGGUUAUAUCAUUUAGAUACUCUCCGGGUGGGACAGCAAGGGAAAUCUCUAAUAUGAGUCUCAGAAGCAUUUUGCCAUGGGUUUUGGAGCACAACUAUGAUUAAAAGAAAUAAGGGGUCAAAUCUGACUCCGUAUUUCAUUUGUUUGGUAAAAGCCAAGGAAAUGGACUAAGUGGUAGUUCUUUACAGGUAUUAUUGUCUUUGGCCAGCUCCUGGAUAGUCAGAAAACAUGGAGAACUUACUGACUUUCCAUUGCAAUAGCUUUAGGAUAACUCUUCAUCCUGCCAAUUGAAUUGCUUGGAACUUCCUAUCUCUUAAUGUUAUCACUUAAUAUUAAUUAUUAUUUAAUAUUGAAUUAGAGUUGCUCAGACUGGUGUCUUUUUUUAAUGGAGACUUGAAUGGCAGAAAUUACACAUUGCCAGACAAGGUAUGUGUAUGCAUGAUGAGAUAGCGUGGACAUGAAACCUAUCAGUCAUAAGAAUGCAUUGAUCUUGCCUGAAAUGUUUUUAAAAUUCAACCCCUAUAUUUAUAAAAUGGAUCUAGCUAGGUUUGUUCCACAGAAGGUUUGGAAGCAUUCAACUAAGCUGUGCACAAUCUGUCUAUUCAGGUCCGAAAGGAUUGAGAGGGCAGCCUGGGCGAGCUGGUCCCAGUGGUUUUGAUGGCUUCAAAGGCCAACAGGGCAGACCAGGAAUACCAGGCAAUCCUGGUCCGGAAGGUAAGUGAAAGAAGGGCAGGGUGUAUUCAUUUGUUGAGUAUGGGUAUGGAGUGAUUUUAAUAUAUAUUCUGUUUUCUUCUUCUGAACCUCAUGCUUAUUGUGUAACUGAAGCACCUGAAUGUUGUCAGGUCAUUUAAAGAAAGUCAGUUUUAGAAAAUAAUUGUAGCUCACGUGCUUUUUCUCCAGUGCUUGGCUCCCAUUAGAUCUUGUUUCCCACAAGAUGUAGUGAUGGCCACCAACCUGAAUGACUUUAAGGAGGAAUAAAUAAAUUCAUGGAGAACUAUUGGUGGCUACUACCCAUGAUGGCUAUGUUCUACCUCCACUGUUUGAGGCAGUAUGUUUCUGAAUACCAGCUGCUGAUAACAAGCUGAAAAGAGAGAUUCAGGUUCCUUAUGUGGGGUUCUCGUGGGCAUCUGGUUGGACACUGUGAGGACAGGAUGCUAAAUUAGAUGGGUCUCUGGCAUAAUUCAGCAAGGCUCUUCUUAUGUUUGUUGAAACCAGUCAGGAAGCAGAUCUUAAACCUCUGCUUGAGGCUCUGAAGAGCUGGUUUGAGACACAUUUCCCAGUAGUGAUUCAAGUCCCAGACUGCUAUAGCCUAAAAUAUCUCAUCAGGUUAGAAACUUGCAUUAAAUAAAGAAGUAGAUUAAUCCAGGGUAGCAAAUGUAGUACCCACCUCUGCAAUAUGUUGUUGGACCACAACUCACAUCAGCCCCAGCACAGCAAAUGGUCUGGGAUGGUAAGAUCAGCUAUCCUUGGAUUAAUGUGAUCCCAAAUACUGAUGAUCUCCACUUGCUCUCAGUUAAAUUGCUUUGAGUGUUUGCAAUACUUAGAAUGAAUUCACAGGGAUAAGAUGAACACACAGAGGACAGAUCUAACAGCCAUGAUGGGUAAAUUCAACCCCCAGUUUCACAGGCGGUUGAGUUGGCAUCCAUCUGUCUUGGUUUAAUGUUUAAUAGGUUAUUGUAUUUUAGUGUUCUGUUGGAAGCCGCCCAGAGUGGCUGGGGAGACCCAGCCAGAUGGGCAGGGUAUAAAUAAUAAAUUAUUAUUAUUAUUAUUAUUAUUAUUAUUAUUAUUGGUAGACAAUGGAGGAGUGUUCCUUUCGUGGUGAAGUUAAACUGUUGGAAGGUUACAGCAUCUGCUGUGGCUGUAGAUACUGAUACGGGAAAGACAUGUUUUGUUGCAGCUGGGGCAAAUGAAGACCAUGCCCCAUGGCAUUUCUUCGCUCUUCUCUUCACUCUUCCCAGUGGUCAUUCCUCCUCUGGGCAGUGCUAUGAAUGCACAACCUAACUGCCUGACUCCAGAUCAUACAUUCACAGACAGUAUGCCACUGAUAUCAGUUCCUGGGUGCAAACAAUGAGGAGGAGCUACUGUCUUCAUGCCUCAUUAUGACCUCCCCAUAAGUGUCUGAUUGGCCAAUGAUUGGAAAACAAGCUGCUGCACUAUAUGGAUAUAGGAAAUCUCUCUUUACAUUCUUAUUUCACAAAUGAUAUCAUUACAAGUUGAAAUUAAACAAGUUAAGAAAAUGAUCCUAUGUCAUCUAGAUUUCAUUAUUCUCUAGGGUUCAGGGGUGAGACUGGUGAUCAAGGUGCACAAGGUGAAAGUGGUCCAAGGCUGGAUGGUGCUCCAGGGUUGCCAGGUCCUCCUGGUCUUGAAGGUCCAAAAGGCAUUUUAGGUGACAACAGUUAUGGUCCUCCAGGAAUUCCAGGCAACAGAGGUCUUCCCGGUUUACCAGGCCUGCAAGGUUUAAGAGGUGAACCAGGUUUUGCUGGCCUUCAAGGUAUGAUGCAUAUUUGUGCAUGAUUUAUCUUAUGUUUUUUGGAUUUGUUACUGAUUAUUGACUGACUAUAAGCUACUUCUCCCCAAAAAUAUGUUUCUGGAGGGGAAAAAUAAAAAUAGCUCAAUAAAUAAUGUCUGAUCCGACUGCCCCGGCUACUGUGCCCAAUUUAAAGUGCUGGUUUUGACUUAUAUAGCCUUAAUUGACUCAGGACCGUAAUAUCUCAAGGACUGCCUCUUUCUAUGUGAACCUACCUAAACAUCGUAUUCUAAGGCCCUUCUUCAUGCAUCCCCUUCACAAGAGGUUUAGAGGGUGGCAACAGGAGAAUGGACCUUUUCUGUGGUGGCUCCCCAUUUGUGGAAUGCUCUCCUGAGGGAGGUUUGCCAGGCACCUUCAUUGUAAGACCUUUAGACGCCAGGCAAAAAAUGUUCCUCUUUAACCAGUCCUUUAGCUGAUUAACAUCCAAUGCCUUUUUAAAAUGUGUUGGGAGGGGGUUAUUGGGUUGCUUUUGUUUUUAUUUUGUGUAUUUCAUGUUUUUUAUUGUAAUUUUAUCUUGUGAACUGCCCUGAGACCUGCGGAUAUAGGGUGGAAUAUAAAUUUCAUAAAUAAUAAUAAUAAUUCUAAUGUAAGAGGUUGAAGGACACACACAAUCUGGAUAUGUUUGGGAAACCCUAGUUGAAAAUAAGAAUGAGAGUAAGAGGAAAGGAAAGGAAAAGUGAGGGGUUGUAUAGUGGGGAGAUCUCAGAAGCAUAGCAACUCACAAAAAAACAGUCCAGAUAGCUUCACAUAUUUACAGUUUGUUUCUUUUACUUAUUCUUGACUCUGGUCAACAGAAAUUCUACCAUUUCCCAUGUGGUAGAAAUGAUCACUAAAUGGGCAUUUUCAAAUCAUGUGAAUGAGUUAAUCUGAUCUCUGGUAAAUUCCAUCUCCAAUUGUGGGUUGAUGAAGAUUGGGGCAACAUCAUCACUCUAAAAGGAGCACAGUAUGCCCUAAAUAUCAAUUUCUAUUGGGCAUUGUAUGUGUUAAACAGUGCCAUCAAGAUUUGAGAGAAAAGCGACUUUCACUUACUCAGCUUCAGAAGUUCUAUUCAGAUUUGCUUUAUGCAUACCUGCUCUUUUUUUAAAUAUAAUUUUUAUUAACAAACCAAUCAAAUCACAUUAAUUCCAAAUUACAAAGCCAAAUUUUUUAAAUUUUUGUUGGGGGUACCCAUGUUUCGAGCUCAGAAAGGGAUCCAAACAUCUCUCUUGCUGCUGCUUUAAUAUUCACAAUUCUGUCCAAAUAGUAUUCACAGUUCUGUCCAAUCUUCUCUUUAUUGUUUUCCUCAUCUUCUUCUUGUUAUCACAUAUUCCUUUCUUUGUGACCUCUGAUAGUCUCCACAAGCGGGUUAAAAACAAACAUUGUUAUAUCCUGUGUGGAUUUUCCAUUCCUCCAAGAGCCAUAUUCAAACAGACAGACGCCAUUUCAACACUUCCGUAUAAAACAUUCUUAAAGUCUGCCUGUUAGUCCUCGCAGGCCUGUCACUCUCUCCUGAAUCUUUUUAGGGGGUUCUGCCAGGUCAAACUCACAGUCUGAUCCAUGGUCUCCUCCCCCUCGAUCAUAAAUCUUGGAGCCAGGCCUGCUUCUUAACAAGUCUCUUUUCAUAACUGCAUCAUUCCAAAGGCCUUUCAUUCCAAAGGCCUUUCAUUCCUUUCCAGAUAUUCCACAAGCCAUAUCUUUGAUUAGUAAUUCAUUUCCACACAGUUCUUAAUCAUCCUGCUUAUAAUCAGUAAUUGCAACGAUUCUUCUUGGGGGGGGAUUGUUAGGUACUCACAUAAGAUUUUUUAAAAAAAGUCCCCCCCAUUCCGUCCCGUUCCAACAUACCCACCCUUUGAUGUAUCUUCUUCUUAAUAUAUUUCCUGUUAAAUCCAGCCCGUCGCUCCACUUCACAGAGGUCACUUCAAUUAGCAGUCUUAACUCCCGUUCUUCACUCGAAGUAUGUGCAUUUGCUUCUCUCUAAUUGUUUAUUUUGAGCUCCUGCAACCAGACUGCGCGAUCAGAGACAGCGCCUGGGAGAGCCGUCCCACACGGGGGGGUGCGCCUUGUGCCCUCACCCCCAUCUUUCGAACUCGCGGGUGAUUUAUGGCAACCGCAGGCAAGGCAGUGUUCCCCAUUCCCUUGGGGUAACAAGGGAGGCUGCAUACUCCCAUAUCAGCCUCUUAAUUACCUCGUGUGAGACAGAGAGAUGGUACUGUCGGUUGUCUUCCAAUGUGCCCCUAGCGGCCCCCUGCUACCUGCUCUUUUCAAGUCACAGGUUGAUUGUUUUGUGGCAAGCCUCAUUAUGCUGUCAGCAUUGCCAUCAUCUUGUGAGGUUUCUGGGGUUGGGGGUUGCAGUACAAACUGGAAGGACAGGUCAUAUUGUGAAGCCAGCCUGCCCCAAUAUUGUUCACUUUGCCUGUGUGUAGCAGAGGGGAGUGAAAAUGUCCCUUUUAAGCUCAUGAAAGCAAAGGACAACAUCCUGUGAAUAUAAAUAUAUUUCCCCAGGUCCCGUCUUUCCCUGCAGCAACAUGAAGUGAUUGCUUUGGAUAGCAACUCCCAGCAGGGAUGUCAUUUUACUGUCUUCAGUAUUAUUUCUGUAUGGAAUGUGAGGAGCAUAAGCUCCAGUCUCGUGCAAAGGGCGUCUUCUCUUUUCUUUCUGUUUCAUGCUGCAGAAUUGAAAAUGUGUAAGGCUAGAUCUUCCAAAAUGAACAUACUGAAUGAGCUAAAAUGAGCCAAAGACACUGUUCAUGAUGGCUUAGUGUGAACGCAGGGGCUCUCAGAGAAAAGAUGCUAACCACUGUGCUCCUCCCUAGUUAUUCUGCUGCUGAACAGCACUUUGCUAAGCCAUGCCUUGACUUGGCGUGUUCAUCCAAAUUUGAGCUUGUGGCUUAUCCAUGAGCCCUGUUUCAGCUGAUAUGCCAAGCCAAACUAUGGCUUGAGUCAGUGUGGCCCAGCAGUAAAACUGGGGAGGAGUAAAGCAGCUGGGAUCUUUUCUCCAGAGGUUUGCCUUAGCAUGAAGUGCAAACCAGGCCCAAUUGUUUCAGACUAAAUUAUUUUGAUUUUGGGGGGGCUUCAUAAAUGAAUUAUCCUUGCAGGGCAGCCUGGCAUCCCAGGAUUUCCAGGAGCAAAAGGUCUCAGAGGUAGAAAAGGUGACAUAGGAGUCACAGGAGGCCCUGGGUCACCUGGUCUGCCAUGUGACAAAGGCUUGCAGGGGCUGCCAGGACCUCCAGGCUCUUUUGGACCACCAGGCUUUCCAGGUAAGUGCAUCAUUAUCCUUGUAAAUAUUCAGGUGGGAGUCUAAAGCAUACAGGUUGACCCAGGUAUUUGAUGGCUGAAAUAUAUUGUGGUUAGCAACCUUGAAAUCUUUGGGUGCUUUCCAACAAAUUACUUGUUAAUGUAAUUGUUUCCACUUGUGGACUGGCAUGGUAUACAUGUGUAUUGGUUAAAAUAGGUGUGGCAUCUCACUUUAAAAAAUAAAUAAAUGUGGCACCAGUUAUGUACAUGGCACUACAAAGAUCAGAUAUGACAGAUACCUGCCUCAACUGUCUAACAAUGUAAAAUUGACACAAAUAGGAAAUGAGAGAGGCAGGCCAAGGCAGCUGUGGGGGGAAUGGAUGUGUGCAUAGGCAGGGCAUAUAGAGGGGGAGCAGUGGGGGGGGGGAGAGACCCAGCUUGUACAUGCUGAACAUCUGACAUUUCAAUUCUUGCUGUAAACAAUUUGAUUUCGCCAUCUUGUUUGCUCUCCUCCCCAUGUACCUUGGCUUUAUGAAUGUAGCAGAGCAAUUUCAAGGAGUCUGUAGAGCUAUGGUUUUAACUUUUAUCAACAUUUUUAUUUGGAAUAUUAUUUUGAUACUGUUGUUUUGGUUAAUUGCAUUUUAUAUGUGCUUUUAGGUUUUGUAAAAAACUUUUGAGACUUUAAAAUAUAUAUUAUUUAUUCUAUAGAAACACAGUAGUUGUUAAGGACAUAUUUUUGCAUUUGGUGCAUCUCUCCCUCUGUGCCCCUCCUAGGUUUACAAGGCUUCAAGGGUCCUAAAGGUGAUAUGGGUGCACCAGGGCCAGCUGGAAUGAAAGGCAUGCCUGGGUUUCCUGGAGUACAAGGGCCACCUGGCCUCCCAGGCUUAAGAGGAAAACCAGGUCUUCCAGGGGAAAAUGGAUUGCCAGGCCGCCCAGGGCAAAAAGGUACGUGGAUUCUAAAUGAAAUGGUCUUUGUUUCAGAUGUAGCACUUCACAGUUCAUAUAUACAAAUAGUAUUUCUAACCAUCACCUCUCCUUUCUUUGGUCUUCAAAAGCUAGGAGAUGGGCCAUUUGGGAUUUGUAGAGUCAUGACCAAAUAAGGAUACACUGUACUGGGCCCCAGAGAUCCAGCCCCCAGCCCAUACUGCAGUCCCAUUACCAAGAAGAGAAAACAGAUGCUCCAUUGAGAAUAUUUAUGGAAAUUUAUUUCCCAGUAUGUGCCCACUGUCUAGAUCUUGUGCGAUUUGCUGGAGCCAAUCAGAACCAAUGUUAAGAGCAGAACAACAUUCUGAAGAGUGAAUUGCUGACCCAUGGGCUUCUCUAGAACAGAAAAAGUGUUUUGUGCCGUUAAAGUAGGGCUCCCACAUGUGACAUUAUUAAUCCAGCAAUCCAGUCUUUUGUUCAAGUGCACUAGAAUCUGCAUUUAUCUUUCUGAAGGGAGCCAAGGGUCUCAAGGCAUGCAGGGUUUCCCAGGACUCCCAGGAAGUGAAGGAGACAUGGGAGCACCUGGUAUGAAAGGUGAAGAAGGACAAGCAGGUCUGCGUGGCCCUCCAGGAGAAUGUGGGUCUAUGGGAUUAAAGGGUAUGUAGAGUGAUCUCUGUAACUUGUCUCCUGAAUUACUUUGGCAUGUAGUGUGUUCCUUUUCUCCUAGCCAGAUAAAGAUUUUCUUAAGUUGGUAAUAGGGCCAUAGGAAGUUGUCCUUAUACUGAGUUAGGCCACUGAGCCAUCUAGCCCAGUAGUGUCCAUGACAAUGUUGGCAUCCAUCUAUCACGAGAGACAAAUGGAGUGUGCCUCUGGGGGUGAAGUUAAACUGCUGCAUUAGCAGCACCAAAGUGACCUCGCUGGAGUGCCAAAGUUACUCCCAAAGUUAAAUCACAAAUCUUUAAAACUGUGAGACCAUACUAUACCAGUUAUUUCAAAGGUCUGGGAGAAUAGAAAGGUUUUCACCUGCUGCAAAAAAGACCAUAAAAAUGGUUCCAGUGAAUGCCCCAUCAGAACUUGCUCCCCGCCAUAGAGUUUUGUUAAAGCUAUGGUUUGUCGUCUUGUGAUUUCCUAAGCAGAAACAAGGAAGAGGAGUCAUCUGAAUACUACAGUUCCCGUCCUCUAAGCACCAAGCAAAUGUUGAAUAUGUGGUACCUGCCCAGAGCAGUAAAUAUUUAGGCCACAAUUAGGAAUACCAAUAGUAGGAUAGGUGGGUGGGCGGGCAGCUAUGCUGUCCUGAGCAAAUUUCUGCCUGCAUUCAGUACAUUCUACCUCUUUAAGGUGAAAGAGGACCUCCAGGAGAGGAUGGCCGUGUUUUCAUAUUGAAAGAGAAAGGACAAAAAGGGGAGCCAGGCUUUCCUGGUGAUAAAGGCAUCCCAGGAGCACAGGGUAAGCAAACUGCUUGUUUUCAGGUUACAUAGAAACCAAUAACUGUAACGUUAAGUCCAGACCCUAGCUGACAUCUUCUAUAUGCUAUCUGAUUUUUGGAAGGCACUCAUACAUCUGCAGCUGUUGUAGAAAGUUAAUUCACUAGUACAUGUCUGCUGAAAUUAAAAGGUGAGACAGACUGUUGUUUACUUAGUCAGUUAGCAAUGAACUGCUCAUGAGCUGUUGCUUUAUCAUAUGAACCCAGCAGUGUGCAUUUACUGAUAGACAAUAUGCUGUAGGAGAUUAGGCACCGCCUUCAUCAUUCAUGUUCAGUGACUGCAUUAUCGCAGGAUAAACAACACAGGAAGCUGCUUCACACUGAGUCAGACCAUUGGUCCAUCUAGCUCGGUAUUGACUACAAGGAUUGGUACCAGCUCCCCAGAGUUCCAGACAGGGAGUCCACCUAGAUAUGGUGGAGACUGAACCUGAAACCUUUUGCAGGCAAAGCAGAUGCUCUACCACUGAGCUUACAGCCCUAUUCAGUGAUUACAAUAUAAAAUGAGACUAAUCAAUAUAAACUCGCAUUACAAGUUUCUAAACCCUCAAUUGGUCUUAGGUACUUACUACACAGGGACAUGGGUGGUGCUGUGGUCUAAACCACAGAGCCUAGGGUUGGCAGUUCGAAUCCCCUCAACAGGGUGAGCUCCCAUUGCUCGGUCCUAGCUCCUGCCCACCUAGCAGUUUGAAAGCAUGUCACGUGCAAGUAGACAAAUAGGUACCGCUCUGGCGGGAAGGUAAACGACGUUUCCCUACAUUGCUCUGGUUUGCCAGAAACAGCUUAGUCAUGCUGGCCACAUGACCUGGAAGCUGUCUGCGGACAAACGCUGGCUCCCAUGGUCAGUAAAGUGUGAUGAGUGCCACAACCCCAGAGUCAUCUGCGACUGGACCUAACGGCCAGUUACUUACUACACAUCCCUUUCAUAUGACCUCAGUAUGAGACCACUUCAACAAAAAGCGAAACCUCUCCUCCUAAGGGUCUUUUAGUUUUUUAAGUUAUUGUCUAGAUCUUACCAGUGUUUUUUUUCUGGGGGGAAAAGAUACUGGUACUACGUACCUUUGAGUACCCCCAGAGAAAAAGAAAAAAACACUGGCUCUUACUACUGUGUUGUAUCUACAUAUCACACAGCAAAAUUGUUCUGAUGAACAAUAUGCUAGAUUCCUUUUUUAAUUUCAGGUUCUGUAGUUUUUCUGAUUUGUUUUGUUUGGGGGGGGCGGGUUGCAUUCUCUUCUGUGACUAGAAAGCAUAACAACUUUACAACAAGCUCUUGAAAUAAUUUCAGGUGAUAAAGGCAACACUGGAUUCAGAGGAAUCCCAGGAUCACCAGGCAGAAGUGCACUUCCAGGUACUCGAAAAGGCGAACCUGGCGAUGCUGGACAGGCUGGUUUUCAAGGGCCUCCCGGUCUCCCAGGACCCACAGGACUGAGAGGAAUCACUGGCUUUCAAGGACCACAAGGUGACCAGGUAGGGUGAGAAUAUUGUCACAGUGUUUGAAAUUCUAAUGCUGUAUUUAGCCAUUUAUCUGAGGGACUCUUGAGGAAAGCGUAGGAGGGGGUCAGUAUGCAACAUAGUACUGGCACCCAGUUGUGGCACACAUUCUCCUGGUGUCAAUGUCUCCAGUUUUAAGUGGGAACUGAAUACUUGUAUUUUCUGUCAAGCUGUAUUGUGUGUUUUGCUGUUCGCCAUUUUAUUGUUGUAGUCUGCCCUUGGGUCGUAGGAUUAAGGGUAGGACAUAAGUUUUUAUCAGUAGUGGAUGGCAUGAUGGAGUGGAGGUGCUUACCUGACCUCCUGGCAGGUGAGUUGCUGGGAGGGGCAGAAGGGAGGGAGGCAAGGCUGCUGUGGUGCAAACCCACUAGCAGAGCCAAUCUACUGCUUCUGCUGGUACAACCGUACCACCUGCCCACUCUUAUCUCCUCCUUCUCUUUUCUGGUAAGCAGUAGCUAGCAGGUCAAAUAUGAAUGAAUAAAUCUGCCUUUUACUUGCUUUUCCAUCUCAGAGCUAAUGAUCACCAUAUUUAUUGUUUUGUACAAUUAUCAUUAUGAUCAGUGUCUUGAAGCAAGUUGAACAAGAAACCAAUAGGUCUGUACUACAGAGCAGUUUACACUGACCAGUUAGAAAUCUUCAAGCAGCAUAAAGCCUUCUGUGGGAAGAGUAGAGAUCAGAAAGGAGAAGGCUGAAGCAGUUUCUGUUUUAGAUACAUUCUUGCUAAUUACACACAAACUCUUUCAGUUCUUCGUAUUAUAAAAGAUCAGAAUUUGACACAGAAAACAAGACCCUCGUUUAUUUUUAAUUUGCAGGGACAAGUGCUGUAAAUUUUACAUAUAAUUGAUGGGCAUUCUUCUUUUGAUAAAAUAAUUAGGGUGCACAGGGAUUGCCAGGGAUUCCAGGAAGUUCAGGACUUGAUGGUGCAAAAGGAUCUAAAGGUAAUGCUGCAAUGGUAAUACAUCUGUGCCUGACAGUUACUGUUCAGGUUUCUGUCAAUGCAUUAGGAAAAAAAUUAAUACAGUGGAACCUCAGUUUUCGAGCGUCUCGGAAGCCGAACGAUUCGGAACCCGAAUGCCAAAAACCCAGAAGUGAAUGCCUUGGAAAUCGAAAGGGGCGCGUUUCUCCAUUUUCUCAAUGGAAUUUGCUGACCGCCCAUUGCACCUUCAGAUGUCAAACGUUUCGGAAGUCCAGCGGUCUUUUGGAUUACGUUUGACAGCCGAGGUACCACUGUAUACAAACAGAAAUAAUUUCUGGUAACAAAAUACUAUCAUGCUGGCUAUAGACAUUGAUUAAAGAUUUGAUAGAUCAUGCUGAAGGGGAAAGGCAGGCACCAUACUAGUUUUUAUAUCACGUUACAUGAUUUGGAGAGCACAACAAAAUGAGUAUUAUAAAAUGUCAUUGCAAACUUUAGGGAUGAUAAAACAGAACUGAAUUAGUUGAACAUCACAAAGUGAUUGAUUCAGAAAUAGGAAGAUUCAUUUUGUGAACCAGUGCCCCUGCCUAAUAAAUAAGCAGGUAAAGCACCUUUCUCUGUUUAUAUUGACAUUGUCAAGACCAAUAGCCACAUUUGUUCUGCUGCUGUAGUUGCACGUUUUAGGCUCUUUUUUGUAAGAGUAUCAUUGACCGUAAUCCUGAAACCAUUUGACAUAUAUUAAGAUCCCUUGAAAGAUUCUCUACUGGCAAACAACGGGAAUUAAAUUUUUAAAAGAAAUAACUACAGGUUGUUUAAAGAUUUCAGAAGCUACUUAUACAUGAGAUGCUACUUUUGCAGGUAACAGAGGUGACCCAGCUGUCUCUUAUGGCCAGCCUGGUAAGAAAGGUUCUGCAGGAGAUCGAGGAUUGCCAGGUGAUGAUUCCUUUGGUCAUUUGGUUAUCAAUGGGCAAGUUAUCUAACUAGUGUAUAUCUUCUUGUGUAUUUAUAUCUUUUCACUAAUUUGAGCCAGACAUUUAUGGCUUCAUGAUUUGAAGCGAUGAUUUAAUUCAAAUCCAUACUUUAUGCUACAGACACAUUUUUCAUGUGCUCUCUGCAUGUCUCCAGAUGAUCACCAUGAAGUGAAGGGGCAAUAUGUCCCUGUAAAUACACAGGAGUGUAUGCUGGGCACAUGUACUCACAUUUAUACCACGUGUAUGAAUCUGCAUUUCCCAUCACACUUCAGUGUUCACCAUGGCAAAUAUGAGCAUGCAUAUGAAACUGGGGCUAUGCUAGUAGCAAGAACAAAUAUUUGCUAUCCUCCAACCUUUUUUUAGAUAGAUCUCCUCCUUUGUUCAUAGAGUGGGGAUUGAAAGAAAUACUUUAAACAGCUUUAAAUGUGACAGGAGAAACUGAAAAACAAUUCUAGUUUUUUUGAGAUGUUUUGGGUCACAACUAGCAUCAGCAAAUGCUGGGGCCUCACUACUGAUACUCUGGGCCAACACUGAGAGAAACCACCAUCUUCAUUGCCUAUGGCCCCAGUCCAUUGCAGUGUCUGUCUGCAAUGGUAUGCUAGAAUCCUUAGACAUUGUGGAGGAAUGAAGAUGGCUAUGGCUGCAGUCACCCAGUUGAGUACCCUGAGGCAGGAGCUGCAGUUCUUUUCGACACAGCCACUUGUCCUUGUUUCCACUGCCUGCCUAUGCCACAUGGUAAGCUCAUCAGGGGAUGGCAAUAAGAUGGCCAGAGCCAUUUCAAACCUCAUGCUAGCCUUGGAUAUUCAGUUAUGCUGCUGUUAAAAUUUGGGACUCUUGUUGCCUACCUUCGUGUCAGUCAUUGCCUUCAUCUGCUCAAUCUUUAUAUUAUUUUUUUUUAUAAGAUAUUUAUUGAAAUUUUCAAAGUGUUACCAGAUAAAAUAAAAGCAGUAGAAUAAAAAUAAUUAACAAAGUAGAGAAAGAAAAAAACCAAACCCCUUCCAACCAUAUGAAUACCAAUUCAAAAGUAAGAAAAGGUGGCAAAAAGAAAAAAAAAGAAAAAAAUACAUCACACACAAUUAAAAAACAUUUAAAAACAAAUUCAUUAUUCUCAUAUCCUCAACUGUCAUUACCUUCUUUCUUUGACCUCCUCCUCCUCCCUUUCUUUGUAUCCUAGUUAUUAAUUAUCCCAGCAAAUCCUUUCCAUAUUUCAUAAUAUUCUGUCAUUACAUUACCCUAAACUGUUUUAAUCUUAUCUUUCUAUAAUAAAAUAAACCUUAAAGCUUAAAACUUAAAUCUUAUCCUUACCAACUUCUCAUAACCAUAAUAUUCUUUCAUAAUUCUUUAAACAUCUUUACUAAAGCCAAGUAGUUUCAUUCCAACAUUUUUCUAACAUUCAUCAAUUUUAUAAAACAGUUCUAAUGGUAGAAAAAAGAAAUACAAACAAAUCCAAUCUUCAUCCAACGUCCCUUCCUCCUGGUUCCGGGUUUUGUCAGUCCUUAUUAUCCCGUCGAUCUAGCCCAUUAACCUGGCAGCCUUAUAUCCGAGGCCCUCAAGUCUCUUCCAUGUCCCUUCCGCAGCUCUUCUUCAUAUUUGUAACUGUAUUUUCCCUUGUCUCCUGCUCGUGGUAACUCCAGCUUGGCAAUAUUUUUAACCCUUCUCGACAGAUCAGCCCCUUUUCCAGAUUCAACACUGAGUUCCAUAUGGUAUUUAAAAGCAUGUUUCAAAGACCCUCCGAAAUUAAGAGCCCCCACAAUCCCAAACAUCUCACGGCCCAUUGUCAGAUUUGAAAAGUCCAAACAUCCCAGCAUAGGGGGGUCAAUCCAGCCCCCCAUUUCCAAGCCAAACCAAACUUUUUCUUUCCAAAUCUGGCUUUUUCCAAGUUCAUUUGUCAAAUCCGAAAACUCAUAUUCCUGUUGGGCCUGUUCUGUCAGGACACACUCCUGAUUUAAUUCCUGGGUGGGCUCCACAUAUUUUCCCACUGUCUGUUCAAAAUUUCCCACUGCCUGUUCAAAAUUUCUAGUCGAAGUCGCCAUCCAAUUCACCUUUUCAUGUAAUUGUUCCAGUAGGGCAUUUGUUUUAUAGAAAGCACACAACAAAGCUUCUGAAUACAUUGUCCUGCAAGGUCGAAUGCCUGUUCCCACGAUUGUUAUCUGUAACAGCUGCCGGCUCUCUGGAGUUGGUAACAGUUACACAGUCUCCCUCUAGGGGGAAAACUUCUAUUUGUUCUUGCAACAAAGUUUCCCUUUUUGAGAUACUUUGUCAAUAUUUGUUGCUUAAAGAUGCGAAGGGAAGCAGUGGAAUCGCUAUGUUUCUCUUCUUUUAGCUAUCUGUCAAAAUGCUUGUCUCUGGUCAAUGAACUUCAAACGUCAGUCCUGACACCCCGCUCCAGGAUCAGGACGGAGGAAAGUUACUUUACUUUAAACUCACUUUAAACAGUCCGGAAAAGAUCCCCCUCCUUCUCCUGCUGUCGAAGGGGGGUUCCACAAUUUUAAAUGAUGAAAUCCAAUCCUUUAAAGGCGAUUUUCUAAGCUCUAGUUUACGUUGUCUUUGCUUUAUUCUGUCUACCGAAGAACGGAAGGCUGACUUCCUGUUUAGACCUUCCCGUUCCGUACCAAAUUAACAGGUUUUUAAAAUCCAAUUCCUUUCUGCUCGCAAGUCCUUAUCUAAUGUCCAGUUGUUCAAAGUCUAAGUACUCACGGGUGCUUAUUUUAGAGUCCAAAUUGUCCCAGGAAAAGGCAGCGCUCUCCGGCAACGGCUGUGCGGCUUCGCUCCACGGAAAUAGCAAUUGACUCACAGCACCGCGCCACUUCCCACUCUUCACUUCGGAGCCCGUUAGUGGGUUCCUUAGCGAGUUGGGGGGGCGCUAAAGGUGCCCGCCGAGUCCCAUGGUCACAGGCUUCAUCCGCCUGUGAUUUUUAAAAGGGUCCCCGCUUCGCCGUAGCGGAAAAGACCCGUUUCCCGCGGAGCUAGUCCCUCCUGUUCAGAGGGAGUCCGCCAUUGCCGAUGGCGCCACCCCGGAAGUUCUGCUCAAUCUUUAUAAAUGCAAACUAGUAGAUGUUGUGAGAUACUGUAGGUUUUCAGUACAGUUUCAUCCACAUCAAAUGGUGGAUGAAUGGUUGAGUGAGAUGCCUUCACUCCAUUACAUUCUGCUCUAUUCCGCUCAUGGAAGGAAGCUGCAGAAGACAAUAUACUAAUGUGUUUCCAAAAAGCUAAUACAGUACACUAUGCUUGAGCAGUGAAGCAUGCCUAUGUAUGCAUGGAAUUUGCCAUUUAAAAAGUUUCGCUAAAAAUAUAUUACAGUAAGAGUUGCUUUGUUUGUAUGCUUUGGUUUAAGGACUUGAUGGAUUACCAGGGGACCAAGGAAUCACAGGUGUUCAAGGGAGACCAGGAAGACAGGGACCCAAAGGACUAACUGGAUACUCAGGAACACCUGGCUUCCCAGGUGAGGUGGAAGUGAAAGAAAAAUUAACUGGACUUUAAACAUAAUAAGCUUUUAUGGGCCAUGAUGACAUCAGUAGAAAAGGAAACAUCAACAUGCAAUCAAACCAGAAAAUAUAUGAAAGUCAAGAUGGGAUUAUAAGCAAGAUCACCCUAAUCCCUGUGGGGAAAAGUCCAAUAAACUUUCCUAGCUGAAUGGAAAGGUCCAUACUGUAUUUCUUUUAAACAAAUCUUGCUGUUUUGUAAUUAUUUAUUUGUUAUUUUUACUAUAUUUUUUACAUCAACUCGGGACAUACAUGAGAGGCAAUUAACAAUAAUGUCAUUUCUAGCAACCAGCAUAAUCAUAAAAUAUAUACUGAAUAUUAUGGAGAAAUAGUAAGUAUUGUUUAAUUAUGAGGAUUGUGUCUUCAACCCGCAGGUAUCCAAGGAGCUGCAGGCAUUCCAGGAGCACCAGGUGAACAAGGUAAUCCUGGUCUUUUGGGAGCUCCAGGUUUUCAAGGAUUACCUGGCAGUCCUGGGAGAAAAGGUAACUAUUGUGAAAAACAUGUGGCAGUGAAUGUAAUGAUGUGGACUAAAGGUGAUAACAUGAAUUGUAUAUUACUCUGUUCUUUGAAGGAAUACAGGAGUGGAGAAGCGCAAGCCAGGGACCACAUACUAUCAGCCCCUAAAAUGACUUUCAGUGGCCUUAAAAAACUGUUGAGUCAGCUUCUCCUCUACUCUCCUUGGGGCUGUUUAAAUUUUCCAAGUGUGCCCUGAGGAAAGGCGGAAACAUAGAAGCCUAAGCCAGGGAACUCAUGCCAACAGCUCCUGAAGGGACCAUUAAGUCUGCCUCAGAGAACUCUGUUUUAUAUUUUGUACCCUCUUCUUUCUUCCCCAGCAUAGAUCCUAACAAAGAUAACCCCUUGCACUGCCAUUAACCUAAAGGGGAUGAAGCUCCCACUGCUGCUUUUCUUCUCAGGCUAAUUGCAGAGCAGGGGGUGUACUCAGUCUUGUCGGAACUGCAUCACAUUGUCCCCUCCAUUCUUUUUCUCCAUCUUGCAAUAUUUCAAAGGCCUUUCGGGACCGCCUGGAUUAAAUGGCCUGAAUGGACUACAGGGUCAAAAGGGCUUGCCAGGAUCUCCAGGUAAAUAAUGAAACUACCAUUAUAAAAUUAUAAUUUGAAAAAAAUAAAUACGAAUGGAAUUACUAGUAGAGGCUCAAUCAAAUGUUAAGCCGCCAACUGGCAUUAAUUUUAACAAUAAACGAUAGAUUUUAAAUUUUAUGUGAGGUUUGGCUUCAGCUGACACUAGUUAAUGCUAGCAUAGUGAAAAUCAGCCCGAGAGUGUCGUGGAAUUUCUAUUGAGGGCAACAGCUAUGGAGAAUUAUCCUUUUGCAAACCAAGUUGCAAACAGAAAUAUGCCUGAUAGGACCAUACUCAGAUAUUGGAACCCAAAGCCUAAAAGUAUGUGCGAAAGCACACAUGCUGUGGUUGCAGAUCUUAUCCUCCAGCAACAGCCCCCAUGCUUCAUGGGGUAUUGCUCUGAAGUGCUUAUUGAUAUUGAGCAGUGUUUUGGGAGUAUAAAGGGGGCUAAGGCUGAAGGGGGAAGCUGAAUAUCCUGGGCAAGGCACUCCUAUACAGUGCUACCUCUGGUUACAGACACUUCAGGUUACAGACGCUUCAGGUUACAGACUCCGCUAACCCAGAAAUAGUACCUCGGGUUAAGAACUUUGCUUCAGGAUGAGAACAGAAAUCGUGCAGCAGCAGUGCGGCAGCAGCACGAGGCCCCAUUAGCUAAAGUGGUACCUCAGGUUAAGAAGUUUCAGGUUAAGAACGGACCUCCAGAACGAAUUAAGUUCUUAACCCAAGGUACCACUGUAUAGUGACUUAGGGGCCAUAGGGGCCACAAUUUCUUGAAUCAUUUUUAUCGCAUGUGUCUUCCAAAGGGCCAUUCUCUCUUCCCACUCCCCACCCCACAAAUUUAUUCUCAUUGCAACUCUCUGAGGCAGGUUAGGCUAUGAGAGAGCAACUGACUUGCCUCAGAUCCACAUGAACAAGCAUGGACAUUGAGAGUUGGCCAACCUUGGAUGGCGUCACCUGGAAAGGAAGUGCUUGGGUGUCUGCUUUUAUGCAUAUGUCUUUUAUUCAUUAUGAAGCUUCAUUCUGUGUGCAUUUAUUAUUCCCUUUGUAAGGUUUAAGUGAAAUGGGGCCUGCAGGAUGCAUAGGAGAACCUGGGCCAAAAGGCAACAGAGGAGAACCUGGACUACCAGGAAUUUCCCGUCCGGGUCCCCCUGGAGAUGCAGGACUACUAGGUCCCCCUGGUAAGGAGCAGUUUUCUCCAUGGGAGGAAAACAGCUAAUCUAUUACUACUGUCAGCAUCGCCCUUGAGCCAGUGCCACCAACUGGACUCAUCCACUUCAGCCCCGACUGGGCUAGGCGAGCUGGGUAGCACUUCCAGAGACCACCUUCUGCACAGGAACAGGUCAAAGUGCUGUGGACUCACAGCUUAGAGUUGUGAGCACCGGAUUCACUCCAACAAGAAGACAGUCGUCGCACAGCAGAGUACAGCAGAGUCUAGCAGAGUAUAUAAACAACUUGGAGAGCAGCUCUGUAGAAUAUCUUCUUUAUUCUAUCUACAACUAUUAUACAAACUAUAUACAGAGCUAAAUAGGUCUAAGCAUAAAUGAAUGCUGCACUGCACUGAGUGUCUGCAGCUGCUCUUAGCAGCAACCUUAUCUCUACACACGAUCUCUAACACUCAGUCUCUCUCUCUCUCUCCGACACUGACUGACUGACUGACUCGGUGCUGGAGCAGAAUAAGUAGAGAGCAGAACACGCCUCCUCCUCUCUGGAGAAUCAGCAGACUCCUCAGGAGAUUCUUGGAUAUGGGAGGGGUGAAAUCUCCUCAUCCUCCCCCAUUUCAUCCGACCAUUUCAAGAAUCUUUAACAUAACUGCAAUUUACACACACACUCCAAAAGUUGUUCUCUGCUUACAACCUUGGUUAACACAUUUGCAGGUAUCUCUCUCCCCCUUUAUCUAAGACACUUUAACACAUCAUUAAACAGUUACUACAAUCACUCUGUGUCUAUCAGGAAAGAGUUAAAUCAUAAACCUCAAUCUGUAGUACACACAAAAUGCACAUUGUGAAUACUCAAAUGAAUAAGCAGCUUCUAGAAAAAUCUUCAUACACGUUUCACUCUCUCAGAUGCAAAUUUACAUUACAUUACUAAAUUAGGCAGAUUUAAACAAACCACAUUCAGUACUCAAACACACAUUGCUCCUUCAAUCCUAAUCCUUUAAACAUAUUAUACAUGAACCACUUUAGGUCAGGUAAGGAAAUAAAUAAAGCUUUUGUACUAUUACUCUCAGCACACUUCAUGCCUGGUUUAAAAACCCCACCAGAGUUGCAUGUGACCGCAGCCUUUGCAAACUCUUCAGAAAACCUUUUCGGUGGUACACCCUUGGUUGUUCUUUCGGAUCUGCGCAAAACUCUCUGAUCCUCUUGUUCUGGUGCUUCCUCCUCUUUGGGAGAGUGGGGAGCUAAAGUAUAUGAAGCUGCUAAGUCUGAAUCAGCAUCAGACUCUCCUGAGGCUUUUGGGCUCUGAUAAUCUGUGCCACCAUCCGAAUCUACAUCGGCAUCAGGAUUAUCAUCAUCUACAUCAGAACUUGCCUCCCUCUUAAAUGUCUUUGCCCCUUUUGCACCAUCAUCACAAAUGGGAUGGCACUGAAAAACGCCAACUCUGUCCCAUUGUGGAUUGUCCUCAAUACUCCUGGUCAACCUGAUGGUUUUCGUGUCUGUGAUCAGAACACGAUAAGACCCUUUCUCAUAUCCUAGGAAAACACCAUGUUCUCCAUGCUUACUCAGUUUGUCACCCUGCGAGGUGUGCACCCAAACCUCCGACCCAAAAAAUUUAAAAUGCUUUACACAUGGCUUCCUUCCGUGAAGCAUCUCGUAUGGGGUGCAAUUUACAGCGGACUGGUACCUCCUGUUAUACACGUGACAGAAAAACGAAAGAGCUUCGGCCCAAAAGGGAUUGGGCAGUCCCGAAUCAUGUAACAGUGUUCUGAUUCCUUGCUGCAGGGUCUGGUUUAUUCUCUCACAUAAACCAUUCUGCCAGGGUGAUCUGGGCGUGGCAGUCCUAUGCUCAAUGCCCUGUUCAGAAAGAAAAGCCUCAAACUCCUCUGAACAACUCACCUCCCCUGUCAGUGAAAAUACAACGUACAUUCUCAUUAUGUACAUUUCUGAGCCAUUUACAAAACUGGCGAAACUUGGUAAAAGCUUCAGACUUUUUCUGCAGCAUAUAGACCCAUACAUAUCUAGAAUAGGCAUCUAUCAAAACCAUGAAAAACCUUGAAUUGCCUCUAGAGAGCGCUAGAGGCCCCACUAAGUCUGCAUGAAUGACUUUGUAUGGUUUCUUGGCCUCUCUCCCAGACUCUGUACCUUUGGGAGCUUGCCUUGCCUUACUCUCAGCACAAGAAACACAUUUCAUGUGGUAGGGACAUUCUUUCAACUUCAUACCCUGAACCAUAUCAGGCAUUUUUGCCACAGCCUGGAAAUUCAAAUGACCAUAAACACGGUGGUAAUAAUGAAUACAUUGGUCAUGCAACUUCUCAUUCUUAUCAACAGAUAAAUUGCAACACUCUUUCUCAGUUGCUUCUGCAGUACCUGUACCUGAAACAAAAGGCAAUUGGUACAGACCAUUUACACAUUUUGCAUACAGAAUGAGCUUGCCAUCUCGACGAAUUUCACAGCGAGAUUUAGCAAACACCACCUUAAACCCUUGACGAUCAAGCUGGGAAACACUCAACAAAUUGUCCUGAAUAUCAGGCGCAUACAGGACAUUCUUAAUUGUUGCAUUCAGGCUCUUUAAAAACACAGUUCCCUGAGCCAAACUCGUGAGGACAGUCCCAUCUGCUUGAUGAAUUUCUUUCUCUUGCUUCUCAAGAUGAACAAAGAGAUCCUUAUCUUUGGCCACGUGGUUUGAACAGCCAGAGUCGACCACGAAGAAACUCCACCCACGUUGAUUGGAGCAGCGAGAGAUCAAAGCCUUUGAAGUAGCAGGUGCUUGGGGAUUUCGUCCUCCUCCCCCUCGGCCUCUGAAGUUUCCCUUCUUCUUUGAAGAUUUCUUGCACUGGAAACUCAAAUGGCCUUGUGCUCCACACGAAAAGCACCGCUUCAACUUUAGUGCUUUAACAGCAGCAGUUUCACUUUCACUUUCCCCUGCUGGAGACUUAGGCACAUUUUCAAGCACAUUUUUAACAGCACCAUUUCCCCGGCUUUCUCUAACAGCCUGUCUGCGAUCCCACUCAUUCAGGAGCACGCUAGACACAUAAUCUUCCGUUAGCCGGUCAGAAGGCAUGGUAGAAAUCUGGGCAGCUCCUCCAUCGUAAGAAUCGUCUAGGCUAUUUAUCAUCAGCAUUGCAAACACAGCCUCUGAAAUAGCCAGGUCUCGCUGAACAAGGUCCUGUCUGAGACGCUUUAACUGAGAUAGAUGGCUAGGCAAAUCACCACCUUUCUCCAACUGCAGCCUGCACAGCUUCUUGAAGAAAAUCACACUGGAACCAGCAUUCUGCCUCAAAUGCAUAUCUCUCAACUUAUGCCAAACAGCUCGUGCAGUCUCUUGACCCUCUAAGUUUACCAGCAAGUUGUCUGCAACACUCAAAACAAUUGUCCCACGGGCUUUCAUGUCUGCAGCAUGCCAUUCAGGCCAUUCUUCUGCAUCCUUAUCGGGAGGGUCAUCUUCUAUAGUGUGAAAUAGCUUUUCCCUCUGUAAAAGCGCUUUCAUCUUGACCUGCCAAACUGCAUAGGUCUCAGGCGUGAGGAGAGGAAAGGACAGAGCCAUCUGGCCAGAAUGUGCACAGGCCAUGUCUGCUAUUACUUAGAGCAAGACACUUCCCUCGUGCAACACAGAUAAAGCCUUGGAUCCUUCAGCCACUCUCUCUCCCACUCAGAGCGCAAUUAACAGGCAAACAGGGAUGCUAUCUUCUUUCUUUUGCAGUCAGCAACAUACCUCCAUAAAUCAAGCAGCAGCAACAGCAACAGCGGCAGCUUGAACACUCUGCUCCAAAACAGCUCUGCUUCUGGGCACCGCAAAUCAGUCCAGCAUGCAGCCUCCGUUCCGCCGUCCGGCAAUCAGCAACAGAAACCUCUGGCGACUGGGACGACUGAAAUGACUGGAACAACGACUGGUCAGACGACUGGGCCCAUAACCGAUGUCAGCAUCGCCCUUGAGCCAGUGCCACCAACUGGACUCAUCCACUUCAGCCCCGACUGGGCUAGGCGAGCUGGGUAGCACUUCCAGAGACCACCUUCUGCACAGGAACAGGUCAAAGUGCUGUGGACUCACAGCUUAGAGUUGUGAGCACCGGAUUCACUCCAACAAGAAGACAGUCGUCGCACAGCAGAGUACAGCAGAGUCUAGCAGAGUAUAUAAACAACUCGGAGAGCAGCUCUGUAGAAUAUCUUCUUUAUUCUAUCUACAACUAUUAUACAAACUAUAUACAGAGCUUAAUAGGUCUAAGCAUAAAUAAAUGCUGCACUGCACUGAGUGUCUGCAGCUGCUCUUAGCAGCAACCUUAUCUCUACACACGAUCUCUAACACUCAGUCUCUCUCUCUCUCUCCGACACUGACUGACUGACUGACUCGGUGCUGGAGCAGAAUAAGUAGAGAGCAGAACACGCCUCCUCCUCUCUGGAGAAUCAGCAGACUCCUCAGGAGAUUCUUGGAUAUGGGAGGGGUGAAAUCUCCUCAACUACCCCAUUGAAGAGCAGGAUGAUGAUGUUUGUUUCUUACUUAAUGUCAUGAACAACAGCCAAUAGGUUUCUGGGGACACUCAUGUAAGCAGAUUUCACAAAUAAUUAAAGCAAGGGAAAUGCACUAUGGCAAACAUUUGUGGUAUCUUAGAUAUAUAUUGUGCUGGAAAGAAUGGUUCUGCCACACAAACAAACUAUAGAGUCCACACAACAUAGAGUAAAAUGCCUUUGCAAUGAGGUUCCUAUUGGUCAAUAUUCAACAUUUUGGUAUCUCCUAAAAUAUAAAAUAGCACAAUAAACUCUCUUCUUCUUACAGGCAAGCCAGGUGCUUCUGGGUCUGCCGGUCCUAUGGGACAGCCUUCUGUAAAUAUAAUUCCUGGGCCUCCAGGUGACCAAGGCCCUGCUGGAUUAGAUGGUGUUAGAGGUAUGACUGGCAUAAUAAAGCAGUUAAAGUAGAACAAACCCUCCUAUGUGCUGGACAUGUAGCAGAAAUGUUAUUUUCCAAUUGAGUUUGAGAGCAGGAGGGGGUCCUCCUUUUGGAGAAACUAAUCAAAUAAUUAACUUUGCUAUGCCUUUAUUCUGUAAACCACUUUGAAGGCCUUUGGCAUUGAAGUAGACUUUUUUUUUUAAACAACAACAACAGCACACAAAGAUUAUAUGUAAACUGUUGGCUGCUCCUAAACCAGAUACGAGAAAUUGAAGAAUCAGGUUGAAGGGCUAUAGCUACUGUAAGUGGUAAAUAAUGUUGAUUGAAGCUCCCAGGUUCACUCCUCAGGAUCUCCCAAGUAGGACUGGGGUGAAGGACUUUGGAGGGCUAUUCUCAGUCAAUAUAGCCAGUGUGGUGCCGUCCAGAUGUGUCCCACAACUCUCAUCUUCCUUGAUCAUUGGCAUGCUUUCUGGAUCUGAUAGGAGCUGUAGUCCAACAACAUUUGGAGGUCACCACAUGACCCACCCUACGUGGAGAUAUUACCGAACUACAAGGACCAGUAGUCAUAUUCUGUAUGGCAACUUCCUGUGUUCUUAUGAUCCAACCAAAGGAUACUGAAUACUGUUCUGCCUUCCUGUCCAAAGACCACAAUCCCCACCUCCCAAUUGUUAAGGAGACAUGUGCACAAGCCUGCUUCAGCCCCCUAUCCUUGCUUGGUAUGUUUAUUCCAACAAUACUUAAUUUUCAUUCCAGGUCUCCCUGGCAAACCUGGUCCUCCAGGGAAGACUAUUCUCAUUAAAGGAGACCCAGGUGACUGUGGGGCUUUGGGGGCACCUGGGGCUCCUGGUCCUCCUGGCAAACCUGGACCUAAAGGUAUCUCGGGAAAUCAAGGAAGAGAAGGCUCAAAAGGUAUGGCUUGAGAUAAUGGGUUUAGCAUAUAGCAGAUCCAAUAACAGAACUUUCUUAAUUCAUCCGAAUUCUCAUUGUUAAGGUCCAACGGGAAAUCCUGGCCCACAGGGACCUCCUGGUGCCCCUGGAGAGCCUGGAGAUCAAGGUUUGCGAGGAUCAACUGGUCGUAUGGGUCCCAAAGGUAAUACCUAACAUUUUUUAUACCUUGCUAUAUGCAGUGGCCAUUCUGAAUCCACAUUUGGUCAUGUUUGCAGCAGUCUUGCAAUGCUCUACCCAGCCACACAGCUAGUGAGAGAGGGGGGGCAUUGCAGUAGAUUUUCUUAGUUGCAACCCACACAUAAAGCAAAUAUCCUAAGCCAGAAGAAUGGAGCACUGCAAAUAGGAUUAGGCAGCUAAUACAGUGCAUCCUGGGAUGCGGGUGGCACUGUGGGUUAAACCACAGAGCCUAGGACUUGCCGAUCAGAAGGUCGGCAGUUCGAAUCCCUGUGACGGGGUGAGCUCCCAUUGCUCGGUCCCUGCUCCUGCCAACCUAGCAGUUCGAAAGCACCUCAAAGUGCAAGUAGAUAAAUAGGUACCACUCCGAAGGGAAGGUAAAUGGCAUUUCCGUGCGCUGCUCUGGUUCUCCAGAAGCUGCUUAGUCAUGCUGGCGACAUGACCCGGAAGCUGUACGCCGGCUCCCACGGCCAAUAAAGCGAGAUGAGCGCCACAACCCCAGAGUCGGCCAUGACUGGACCUAAUGGUCAGUGGUCCCUUUACCUUUACAGUGCAUCCCAAGUCCUGCCUCCUGCUAUCUAAACCCGUCUCUGCUUAUACAUAUGACUGCUAUAACACAUCUGGAAGAGGAGAAUUUACCAGUAGCACUGAAGUUCUACUCUGUCCUUUCAUAGCAACGUGGGUCACAUUGUUCAAUUGGCUGAGUACUGGUUCAGCAACAAAUUCUGUGAUGUAGCAGGUCUGUGGGUUAAAUGCUAUGCAUACUUAGCAUGCAAUACAUGAGGUCUUCACUCACCUGUUCAAAUGCUGAUUUAAGUGACAAAUAUACACAGCUUAUGAAAGAGUUUGAUUUUUUAAAUCUACCAUUUUUUUAAAAAAUUAAGAUUAAGGACAUAUUGUAUACGAAAGGAAUGCCUGAAAAGGAUGCUGGAGAAUAAUACAGUAAUAAUACUUAUAACUGUAAUAAUACUUACUGAAUUGUAAGCUAUUAACAUUUGUUUGUUUUUCAUUUACUUACGUAUUAAUUUCUAGUAAAGGCAUAGGUAUUUAAUGGUACUGAAUGACAGGCCUUUUCUUGAAAUAGUUUUUAGCCCAGCAGUGUUGCAAUCAAGCUGAAAGGAAGACUGCAAAAUCAGAGGACAGUGAAAACGAAGGUUCAUGGCAGUCUAUAGAAAAGUUCCUGGAUGGCAUUUCCCACCAUUGGGAUGGUGCUUCCUACAGGGCUCAAAGGGCGGAGCACAGGACUUCUUUUGGGAGGAAUCACCUCCCACCUCCCAGAGCAGCUCUGUCUGAAUCGAUAGGCAAGAGCGUUGGUCAGGCUCCUACAGUGUGACCAAAUUAAGAGCUUUUAAAAAGCUUCUUUUCCUUCACUGUUUCCUCUUUUCUCCCCUUGAUCUCCACAUUUUGGAGCAUUGGGUGGGCUAGUUAGGGACCCUUUGGGUUUUACUAGCUGGGAACGAGGAUGACACAGCCUAGUUCCUGCUAAAAAGUCUUAAGGAAGCUGAUCCAGGUGUUUUUGGGACAAGUUCAGUGGCAUCACUGCAGUGAGGAAAAACAAGCUGCUUCACACCACCUUUGGAGGAGAUGGAUAGCCUUGGAUACCCAUUUCCUUAUCCUUCAGGGAGGCAGUUAUCCUUUUUUUAUUAUGUAGACAUUAAUUUUUGAAGUCAUUCACUCACUGUAGACAGAUGCUCCCAUGUCUUGUCACAAUCAUGUUGGGGGAAAUGAUAAUGCCAUGUGCAAGCUAUCACUGUUCUAAUUGCAUUCUUGUUCUAAACCAUCUGCACGGUGCUGGUCUCCCUCCUGCAUGUGAAAUGGCUGUCACAAAUUCUUGGCAUUCAAUCCACCAGGUUGCAGAGGUAAGCUUAGAGAAGGAUGAGUGCUUUGGUGUGUGUUCAAGUGAAAAAGUUUCUCUGAGUGUCAAUUUAUUUUUCUUCAUGCUAAGAUCUUAGUCUUUUAGUUCAAAUUGCUAAUAACUGAUCUGAUCCACAUCUUCUGAACUAAUGUGCAGAUUGGAAGGUGGCUAUCCUUCAGAUUUAGCACUUUUGUGGUCUAAUUCUCAGCUCAAAAAAAUAUCAAAAUGUGUUCUAACAUGUACCGUAUUUUUCGCCCUAUAGGACACACUUUUCCCCCUCCAAAAAUGAAGGGGAAAUCUGUGUGCGUCCUAUGGGGCGAAUACAGGCUUUCGCUGAGGCUUGGAGAGUGAGAGGGGUCGGUGCGCACCGACCCCUCUCGCUCUCCAGGCUUCAGGAAGCUAUCAGCAAGCCUGGGGAGCCCGCAGGAGUUCCCACAGGGCUCCCUAGGCUGCAGAUAGCAGCCUGCCGCCCGGCGCGUGGGGCGCCCUGAAGCAGAGUGCCCCGCGCGCCGGGCAGACAUCCGCAGCCUGGGGAGCCCUGCGGGAGUUCCCGUAGGGCUCCCCAGACUGCGGAUAGUAGCCUGCCGCCCGGCGCGCGCUGAAGCAGAGCGCCCCGCACGCCGGGCAGACAUCGGCCAGCCCCACAAGCUUGGGGGAGAGCGGGGAGGCAGAGCGCCGCCAUACCACUGUUCCCUGACCUCGUUUGGUUUCCCCGACCUGGUUUGGGGGGGGGAAUAAAGGGGGGAAAAUUUCCUUUAUUUCUCCCCCCAAAAACUAGGUGCGUCCUAUGGGAUGGAGCAUCCUAUGGGACGAAAAAUACGGUAUAUAUUAGAUAAUAAUGUGCUUAGAAAUACUCAUUUAGGAAAGACAAUACUUCAAAAAUUAUUUGUAAAACAUAUUUAAAUGCAAAUUUUCAUGCAAAAUAAAAAUAGAUGCAGAAAUGGAACGUAUUUUUAAGUGAACAUUUGGAAGUGAGGCAUGUGAUCAGCCCUCUAAGCAUGUUGUGAUUUACUCUGCACCUCUGUGCCAAAAAAGUCAUGACCCUCUAUUGCUUCUCUGAAAAUUCCCAUGGCUCCAUACUGCUGCAGUGGAGCUCACAGACCUGUACUGGAAAAUAUACUGAAUUUCCUGGGCAGCAAGAUGGUGUUUUUAGGAGCCAGAGUGAAAUUCUGUAUUACAAUCCUUUACAGUGUUCCCUAUCAUCUAUGUCCUGUGAUAUUUGAGCCCUUACAUAUUUUUUACUUUUCCUAACACUGGAGGAAAAUGUGUGCAAAUCACUAGCAUUGGAAUGUAUCAUUCCUUUUUUAAAAUUAAAAAAUAAAGUGAAUAAACAUUUGCUUUUCCCCAAGUGAGACCCUCCUCUUGUAACAAAGUCAUUCUCCAAUAAAGUCUAUAUAACGCAAAUGCUACUGCUGCAGCAAAAGCAUAGUGUUAUGUGGAAAGCCAAUCACAUUAUACACUUGAUCUCUCCCUCCUAUUUAUUUAUUUGUGUUAGGUCAUUUAUGCACUUGAACCUGUAGCAAUAACAUAAAGGGUGGUUUCUCAAACGCUUGGCACAUACUGAAUUACCUUGGGAGUUUAUAUAAAUUCUCUGCCUACCAACCUUGUUUCUGGGUCCAACCUUUCUAUUUAACAGUACAAUCCCUUACAUGCCUGCUCAGAAACAAGUUCCAUUGAAUUCAGUGGGACUCAAUUCCAGGUAAGUGUGUAUAUGAUUAUGACCUAACUCCUCUUUUAAAGUCCUUUCAUGUUUCAGGUGACCCAGGAGAACCUGGAAGUGUUGAUUAUUCCUCAUGUCCCAAGAUUCCAGGGCCUCCUGGUGUAUUGGGCCCAAGAGGAUCACCAGGUGUCAUGGGAUUAAGAGGGCCAGCAGGCUUCCCUGGCCCCCCAGGUAAGUAAUUCUGUGUGUCUGCAAUGUUUGUGGUAGGGAAGAGACAGAAUCACCACGAACCCUUUCAUGUAUCAUCCUUUCAGCUCACCUAUCCCAGUGAAGUCUACACAACUCCAUGUUGGCUUCAGUUUGGGUUGCAUUCAUGAAGAACAUCAACCUCCUCUGUUACAUUUCCUAUUCAUUCUAUUAUUUAAGCACAUAUUUUUAUCUGAUGCCAGUCGGAUAGCUUUACAAAAGAGACCACAACUUAUCAUAGCACUUUAAGAACAUAAGAGCCCUGCUGAAUCAAUCUAAAGUCUCCCCUUUAAAACCCCUCCAAGUUGGUGAUCAUCACUACAUUUGGGGAUAGUGAGUUCCGUAGUUUAACUGUGCACUGUGUAAAGAUUUCAAUAGGUUGUAGCUGAACAAACAAAUAGUGGCAGCUCCUCCUCACAGCCACAAGUUCCCCAUCCCUGUUGUAAACUAGUACUUUCUUCUGACACCGUGACAUGGCUUGGACAGGAAGCUCAACUCAUCCCCAAAUCCCUCCACUUCAUCUUAUUUCCUCAACUAUGGCAGCUGGAUCCAGAGGGUCACAGGUUCCUCAUCCCUGGUUUUAAUAAAAUAAUAAUAAUAAUAAUAAUAAUAAUAAUAAUAAUAAUUUAUUACUUAUACCCCGCCCAUACUCUGGCCAAGAAUUCUAGAGCAUUCUAGAGUGUGAAAUAUAUUUUAAGGUUUUUUAAAAAAAUAAAAUGAAAGGACUGUUUUGAAUAAUUUCAAGAAAGACGAAACUAUUACUACUUCAGAGAAAACAAACAUACCUGUUUAAUGUUAGAUUUGUAAUCUAUUAAUACAAUAACUAAUUAUAGUUGCAUUUAGACAUGAAUGCACUGUAUUAUAUUUCAGGAGAGAAAGGAGAAGAAGGGUUAUUGGGUCAACAGGGUCAAGAUGGCUUGCCUGGGCCACCAGGACCCCCUGGUGAUGAAGGUAACAUAGGAGAAAAAGGAUACACAGGACUACAAGGUAAGUAUUCUGCCACAAGCAGUCAUUUGCCAUACUUCUGGGGAAAGUACUAGCUUUGCAAAUGAUUUCUCUUACUUUUUGCCCUGGUUGUAAUGGCUCUUCGCCAAAACUGUUAAUAGAACCUGCAUUCAGCUGCUCAGUUGCUAUUGUAUCAUAUCAAAGAAUCCAACAGCCAAGUUAUAUGUUAUGCUAAAUGUGUAGCAUGUAGCUUUUAUUUUCAUCCCCCCUCUUUAAUUACUUACAGGCACUGAGGUGGUUAUGAACAGAGCACAGGAUAGGAGGUUUAGUUCAUCCAUGCCCCAGCCGCAAUCGCAACAAGAAUUGCUCCACCCAGUGCAGCAGCAAGCCUUAGAAAAAGUUUCUAUUGGCACCAGUGGGAAUUCUUUCUAAGGCUCAUAGUUUGUGGGGGACAGCAUUUUCGCUGCAUUUGUGGUUAGGUAGGGGAGAGAUAAGCCGCCUUUCCCUGUGUGUUGCAUAUUCAGAAACAACUGCCUUCUCACAACACAACUGUAAUGUGACUUAAAGAUUUUGUUGGCUCCAACCUCUGAGGAUUGGUUUUAAAUUCAAAACCUGAGGCCCUGGGAUCUUGCAUGCUUCAAUCAAGUCUGUUCUGAAGAAUAGAAAAGCAUCUCUUUAAUGUGUCCCACCUUUAAAUGGAAUAUUCUCUACCUUUUCUCUGCAAGGUUUUCCAGGUGAAAUUGGAAUGCCAGGUCCACCAGGGCCUGACACAAGAGUUGCUGGUGGGUUCCUGAUUGUUGUUCAUAGUCAAUCAGAUCAAGUCCCCCUGUGCCCAGAGGGAAUGCCAAGGUUGUGGACUGGAUAUAGCCUGCUGUAUCUUGAAGGGCAGGAGAAGGCCCAUAAUCAAGAUCUUGGUGAGGACUGCAAUAUCACUCCUUAAAGAAAGAAAAUGCAGUGGUUUUCUGCAUUUUUCAUUGCAAAUGGUUGCAUAUAACAUUAAAAUCUGGGGUAGUAGGUAUGUAUCUUUUUGGAGCCAAUAUUGGAAUUGGCCAACCUUUCAUUGUCGUAUGUGCUAUCUAUAAAGCAUGCUUAGAAACUGAUGUGACCAGCUAGGGCCUUUCCUCGAGAGCCUUAGCGCAAGAGUGUCAACCUAUGCUAUUCGACCUGCGCUUCCCUGCAGAGGCUCUUCUUUCCCGUUCAAACCUUCAUUAUUUCUGCUGGAUGCAAAACUCAUCCUUGUUGUCUGUGGUGAACCUGGGAGGUUUAAUUUUUGGUCUAUUUGCAACAGAUAUUUAUAUGCUUGAGCACACCUGCAAGUUACUAUAUAUUUAUUUGCUAGUUUUAAGCAUUACUUUAACAAUGAAAUGGACCAGGACAUUAAAAUCAUGGUACUACAUCAGCAGAAAAGACAUUUGUUUUAAAACAAGCAAGCUCUGAAGUGAACUGGGCAUUCAGUCCCAAGGUGCUACAAGUUGAAUUUUAGGAAUUAAGCACAGUAGCAAAUUUGCAGUCUUUUAAUAAUAGCUUUAGUACUCUGUUUCAGACAAAGGUAUUUUCCGGCAAUAUCUAGAGGUGCCAGGGAUUUGAAUCUGGGACAUUUUAUGUUUAGUGUAUGGUACUCUCACUCACCUUUUCCAAUUUUGAAGGUAGUGAAUUACAUUUUAAUUUAUUUUCUAACAUUCCCAGAGGUUAGAGGAUUGCAUAACUUAAACAAGUUAAGUGAAAACUCUCGACUGCACAACACCCACACCCACACACCCACACCCACAGCAUGAGAACAUGUGUUCUCUGUACCUAGCUUUCCUUGGACACAGGUGACAAUGAUUGCUGUUGAAAUUUCCAGACACCUCCAGAUACUGUAAACCCACCCAAAGCCCUUAUGCAUCAAUAAUUUUCCUGGCUGCGUAGUGCUGAUGUGGAAUAAGGCUCAAGACUAACUUAAACUGUUCUUUAAUAAGAACUUCAAGUGUUUUGGAUUGGUAAUUAUAUGUGUGCAUGUCCCCCACCAUCUAUUCUAGGUCUCGCUGGAUCUUGUCUCCCUGUGUUCAGCACCAUGCCCUUUGCCUAUUGCAAUAUCCAUCAGGUCUGCUACUAUGCAAGUCGAAAUGAUAAAUCUUACUGGCUGUCAAGCGCAGCUCCUUUGCCCAUGAUGCCCCUCUCUGAAGAAGAAAUACAACCUUACAUUAGCAGAUGUGCUGUCUGUGAGGCUCCUGCCCAAGCUGUUGCAGUUCAUAGUCAAGAUCAAUCCAUUCCUCCCUGUCCAUCAAACUGGGGAAGCCUAUGGAUAGGCUACUCAUUUUUAAUGGUAAGAUUGAAUAUUACUUGGCUCUUCUAUGGAACUAUUUGGAUCUAACCAUGCUAGCUAAUCACUGAAACUGAGCCUGUAAAUUGAAUAAAAUGUAUGAAUGAAUGAGAACACACUUACCUGGGAGAAGGUUCAGCUGAACUUAGUGGGACAGUCUUCUGAGUAGACAUGCAUAGGAUUGAGCUGUCAGCAAGAUCUGCAAAAUGCUCAACCGAUUUGUCAUUUGCUAAUUGACUGUAGACGUUUCACUCCUUCAGUUUGCCAUCUUGGUUCCUUAUCUUGUCUCUAUUUGUUUUACUGUAUUUAUCAGUUGCCCAAUAACUUUCUCUGGGCAAUGCACAGCGCAUUAUAAAAACAAGAGAACUAUAAAAUGCAAACUACAGUUCUAAUGAGCAGAAUUAAACUAAAAUUGAGAUAAAGUUGAAACCAUGCCAACAGCAAAUAACCACUGCAACUUAAGAGAUAAAUGGAUCUGAUUUUAAAUGUUUGUAUGGCCUUCAUCUGCUGCUAAAAUGACAUAGUCUGUGCCUCCAAGCAAGGGGCUGCUGCUGAGACCUUUUCUCUUGCAGACACUUCCCUUAUUUCAGCUUGCAGAGGCAUAAAAACAUGACAUCAGAUUAUUAAAUUUUUACAGGCUUUAUUGUAUUGUUUUAUGUUUGGUGUUAUAAAAUUUAGCCAUUCAGUAGAAUUACUCCUGGAGGCUGAGACUGGCAGAUCAAUGAGCUCAGGAGUUUGGGUGUGCUGAUCAAGUGUCCGCACUAAGUCUGGCAUCACUGGGAACCACUUCGAUAUUUUUAAUGAUAUUUUAAAUGCAAAUAUUUUUAUAAAUAAAGCAAACUGUGGGCACAGGUAAUUAUGUAUGGGAAAGAUGCAAGUUCUUCAGGUACUGUGUUCUUGAGCUAUGAAGAAUUUCAAAGAUCAAACACAAGACUUUGAAUUGAGUCCAGAGUAUCCUGCCAACCAACAGUUAGCUCCAAGUUCUAAUUAGAUGAAGAUUGGUUUUGACAUAAACCAUAGGCCAAAAUCAAUUCUCUUUAUCACCAUUCACACCCCAAAAUGAAAACUGCAGAAGCUAUCGCAAAAUUCAUUUUGCCUUAUGAGAAAUGCCAACUCUGUUGGUCAGUACUACGAUUUAAAAGAGAUUUAGUUGUAAGAAAGUUAUAUUGUGUUCACUACGCAGUCUUAUCCAAAUGAGUCUCACUGAGCUCAGUGAGAUUGGCUACUGAGUAAAACUGUACAGGGUGAGAUAACUUCCACCUCUUUUGCCUGUUUCUUUCAGCACACUGGAUCUGGUGACCAGGGAGGUGGACAGUCUCUCAUGUCAACUGGAAGCUGCCUUGAGGACUUCAGAUCAGCACCCUUCAUUGAAUGCCAGGGGCAGCGAGGGACAUGCCAAUUUUUUACCAAUGAAUACAGCUUCUGGUUAAGUACUAUAAACCCAGAGAUGCAGUUUACUUCAGUCCCUCGCUCAGAGACUCUCAAAGAUGAGCAAGAACAACGCCGCAAUGUAGGUAGAUGCCAGGUCUGCAUGAAAUAUGGCUAAAAGAAACCCGACCGUUUACCAAAGUGAAAGUUGCAUGUGGUGCUAAUCUUAUGUGAAACUGUGCACUGCCGUUCAAGCCUUUGGCCACAUCUGCAGAAGUUUAAGCCAGUCAAACCAUGGAACUGUAGUUCUUCCUCAAGUCCCACUCCCUGUGCAGCGACACUUUAAGAGGCAUUGUAGCUGUGCUAGCUAGAAAUGUAUGGAAAGCUUAAUGUCCUUUAUGAGCCCCAAAGCAUAAGCCCACUUGCAAAGGCCAGCAGGAUGGGAGGGCCAGUGUGGGGUAAUGGUUAAGAGUGCUGGAAUAGGACCUGGGAGAACAGGGUUCAAAUCCAUACUCAGCCAUGAACCUCAACUUGGUGAUCUUAGGCCAGUCACUGGCUCUCAGCCUAUCCUACCACACAGAGCAUUGUGAGGAUAAAAGGGGAAGGGGAAGAAUGACAUGCACCCACUAGAACUCACUGGAAGAAAGAUGGGGUGUAAAUGUAGGAAUACAUAAAUAAAUAAAAAACGAACCAUCUCCUGACUUAUUUUUUGCUGCUAUAGGGAAUAGAUCAUCUAUCACCCUCAUCCAUCUUUUUUUCUUGGAGCUUUCCCCCCUUUAUUUCCCUCUUGUCUCCUUAAACUACAAGCCUGCAGGCAAGCCCAGUCUUAUGUUUUUAAUAUUGUUUAUACAACACCUUGAUGAUUGAGACACUUUAUUAGUCGUAAACUAUUUUUAUUAGGUCUGACCUAGCAGUGUCACGGAUGCAAUUCAUGUAAGCAUGAAAAGCCAGCACGCUUAAGCAAAUUUUUGCCAGGAGGUUGUGACACUGCCACAAAUAGAGCCAAGUCAUACUUACUGUAUUUUUCUGUGUAUAAGACUAUAUUUUUUCCUAAAUUUUUGAAGUUUAAAAUAAGGGGUCGUCUUAUACACGGAUAGUGCAUGGUGCACUUUCUUAAUUUUGGGUAAAAAAAAUUAGGGGUUGUCUUAUACAUGGGGGCGUCUUAUACACAGAAAAAUACGGUACUUUCCCCAUGUGGUUGCAUCCUCAGGGAUCACAAUUUGAAUGCUUGUAAAUCAGCGCAAAGAAUGAGAAUACAUAUGAAACAUUUUCUCAUAUGGUGUUAUCUCCAUUUUUACAAGACGUGUAUGCAUCAUUUUCACUUGAGGAGUCUAAUUAAAUUAUACUAACCCUACAGACAAGUCACACUUUUAGACAUCUUUAUAACAUAGAGCUGGUCUGUCAAUGGGCCUGAUACCUGAAGCCAGCUCCCUGUAGAGCACGUCCUUGGGGAUCCUGCCAUCUUCUAUUCUGUGGACAUGACCAAGACAGUGUAGGUGUCGCUUAGACAGGAGUGUGGCCCUGUUAGGAAUGUGGGCUUGGAAGAGCACAUUGGUGAAGGCAAGAAGGGCUAACAUGGCUUAAAACCAAGCGUUUUGGCCUGGACUGAUAAGUGAACAGAUUCUAAGCAACCACAUAUUUUGUGCUCUAACCAAGCACUGCUAUGAUUCUUAUAGCACUAUCCUAUGCAUGGCUAUUCAGAAGUAAGUUCCUCUAAGUUCAACAGGACUUAUUCUUAGGUAGAUGUACAUAGGAAAUAACUCAUAAUGCAGCUACUUCUUGUAAUGUAGAAUACUUUCAUAACCAAGCUUCAUCAAGAACAGAUUUCCCUAUUCCCCCUCAAGUUCCAACUGGGAAGCAAGGUAAAGUGGACAUUUACUGAACACUGUGCAAUCCUUGGUUACAAGAGGCAACUGGCUUACCAGUGCCUGCUUUGCUGUUCUGAUUUCCCACCCUUGGAGGAAACUAUCUAAAGAACCCUCCUGUUAAGGUAGCUAAUGAAUGGGUGGACAGCAGCCCUUUGGAGAAGAGCUUGUUUAACUGGGUUUUUAUAUUACUAUACACAGGCGGGUCACUGAGAAGCCAGUCUGAGUAUCUUUAUGUUUUCAUUUCUUUUGAGUUAUUUAUAUCAUUUUAUAUUUUUUCCUGCUGCACUGUUAUUACAGCCAUUCAUCAACAGUCCAUCCUUCACAUCCUCUUCAAGGGACAUGCCACAGAGUACAUAAGAAGUAUCUAGGGACGCAUGCAUGCAGCCCUUUUAAAAAGCAAAAUUCCCCUCAAUCAGCUGUUUGGCAAGAAAGGAUGAGCAAUAGGGGAAAUAGAAUACAGCCUCUAAUCCCCCGUAAACAGUGCUGAAAAUCUGACCUAAACUACAAUAUGAUCUUCAGGUCACCAGAUCCACCACAUAAUGGGCAUAGUUGGUUUUUGGCCUGAUAUUUAUCGACAAGAAAAAGAAAACAAAGGUGCUAAAAAUAGCUUUCAUGCAUG